AGUCCCCGCCCAGGGAGAGGCAGCGGCGGCGGUUCCGCGCGGGCAGCGGGGGUCCCGGGCCAGGAGCGCCGCAGCCAUGGCCGGGGCGCGCCCGGAGGUCCACGCGCUCCAGCUGGAGCCCCUGAAGGUCCCGGAGACCCUGAUGAAAGGCAGCAAGUUCAUCAAAUGGGACGAGGUGAGUCUCGGAGGGCGGGACGAGCCCACAUCUCCCCCUUCCUUGCCUUGCAAACUUUUCUUGCAAAAUAGCCACCCUCCCUUCUGCAGGCUUGCUUUGAUCUUAAGAGAGGUCCCCCUUUUCAGUGGUGGGGGGGAGUGCGUGGGCCACCAGAAACCCCCGUUCCCUCACUUAUCCCCUCGCUUCAGAUUGUCGGUCUUUUCUGCUCAACAGUCUGUUUCCAUGCCCGUGUACCCCAUUGGUUUACUUUGGGGGGAACCCUCAGACUUCCAAAAGUAAAGAUUUGGUAGUUUGCCCAUUUCCCCUGCUUUCCCCCUUCUCUUAUUCUGCUGCUGCCUCUGGGGUUUUUUUGUGGGGUGGUAGAUCCUUUCUGGGAAGCAAUCUUGUCCCCUAUCUGUAUCUUUACACCCCACUGUUUUAUUUACUGGGGGUUCCCUUCUUGUAGAGAGAAAUAUAUUAUUCCUCUGUCCUCCUACACUUUAGACCUCCUUUUUGACUCCCUCUCUACAUUACUCUCCGCCUCCUUCCCCCCUUAUCUACCAUGACACUCCUAAAUUCCAUUCCUUUGCAAACUCCCCAAUUCUUUACAUUUGAGUUUUAUUUUAUUCAUUUAUUUUUUUGGCGGUUUCAUGCAAACUUUGUUGCAGAAACAAAUCUCCCCCCUCUUUUCACUUAUCUGCAGCUCCCCCAUGGUUUGCAUAGGGACGCCCCUUCCCAAAGGAGAGAAAAAAGGUCUCUGUAUUAAGUGGGGACCCCCCCCCACUUCCUUGAAAGAGUAUUUCUUUUCUCCAUCAGUCUUGGGAAGCCCCCUUCCCAGUCCCUAAUUCUGCUAUUUAUUUCUUUUUGGCUUCUAUUUCUUGACACAUGUAUACCCACAAUUCACAGCAGAGCAACAACCUGGGAAGGGGUUGGAGAAAACACGGGGGUCCCCUCUGACUUGUUUGUUUCACCUCACCCUAUCUCUUCCUUUAGUAGAACCACUUUUCCUUGGAAAAGACCUUCUCAGUGGGCCCCCCAGCUGCCUUUUCCUCUCCUUGAAGCCCCCUUAUAGCAUAUCUCCAACACAGUCCUCCAACUUCCACUUUCAAACUUCAGCCUGACCCUCCCCUGUCUCGCUUUCCUGUCCCCCUUGCCCCCAAGCGUGACCUCUCCAAGGCUCCUUUGCCCUGAGCUGUCAAGGCACCGGGUGGAGUUGAUGCCUUUGCCCUCCCACUCUUCCUGCUUUCUCUCUUUUUCUCCUGUUAGCCUGACUCUUUCUGGAGACAGACCCCUCCUUGCCUUUUUUCGCUUUUUCAGGAACUUUAACCUCCCUAAGUCUUCAAAUCGAGAUAUCUUUUUGCCUUCUUUGCGCCGGAAGGAUUUUUUUCUUUAAAUGUGCAAUGCGCUGGGUGGUAUCUAGGGAGACAAGAAGCAUUUCCGCUCCCCCCCCCAACAUUUCCAACUUUUUCUCAGUGUUUAUAAAAAGAGCAAGGCUUUGUUGGACCCUCUGUUGACUGCCAGCCCCCUAUCCCUGUCUCUCCCCCAGCCCACCCGCCCCCAUUUAGUUUCCGGUGCAUUUAUACUCCCAUGUGCCCUGAAUGUUGAUUUUGGUGUGUGUACAUUUUAUGAACAUGAAGUGUUUUUUAUUAUAAAAAAGAGAUUGCGUACUGUACUGCCAUUCACAGGGGUUCUCUAUGGGACAGGGGUGUUCUCUAUAGGGGAAUCUGCCUGCAAGGGGACUGGCCAAACCUUUGGAGUGUGUGUAUGCUCAUGGGGUGCUCUCAGUGGGGUGCAUUCUUGCGGCAGAUGCAUACAGGCCUGCCCCACUGAGCCACUUAGACCCAAAAUUGAAGCAAAGGCAGUCUCUGAAGCUUUAUGAGUUUGGGUCUGUCUUGGAGAUGGGCAGAUGGUGUCGGGUGUGGGGAGAGUUUAUCAUCUUCUUCUUCUUUGGCGAUCACUCGUAGCCAGUAAGAUUGUCUUCCAUAAACACGGUUUUAACAAUGUAAGUGACUGUGGAGGCCAAUUCUGGAUCCACACGUCCUUCCACAGUGGAGACAUUGGUUUCCAGGCAGGAGUUGAUCACAGUGUGGAUUUGCCAAGCGUACCUUCCUCUUAGCACGUUUCUCCCUUGCGUCCUGAGUUCGAGUGUCUUCAAAGCCCAUGACACCUUUGGUAAAGGCUGUUUUCCACUGGAGCGCUCGUAGGCAAGGGUUUCCCAAUUGUUGGUGUUUAUACUACAUUUUAAAAGAUUUGCCUUGAGACAGUCUUUGAACCUCUUUUGUUGACCACCAGCAUUACACUUUCCAUUUUUAAGUUCGGAAUAGAGUGUAGUUGCUUUGGAAGAACUGGAAGGGAGGUAGAGGCCUGAGGCCCUUGGUGGAAGAGUGAGGUUAAAAACCAAUAAAUAUUAUAAGUGGAACCUAGAAUGAGUAGAUGGGUGGCAUUUGAAUUGUGGGGAUGGAUUUGGCAGAUCAGCCUGAAUGGGGAAUGGGUGUUUACAGCUUCAUUGGGGCCCAGUGAUUUUGGGGCAGAAAUAAGAAAGCCUUGAUUAUUUCCUCCAUUCCCUUGGGGCCUUGGUUACUGGGGGGCAGGAACAAGCUGCUUCUGACUUCUGCCCCCCCCUUACUUUCCCUCCUUCGGCCCUGCUGGGGGUUUCACAAUCUAAGCACUAUGGCAACAGCCCUCUUGGCCUUCCUUCCUUUUGCUCUAUCCAACCCCAAAAAAGGAAGCCCAGAGCCUUAGGCAAGAAAAAAAAGACAUACAAGCUAGAUCAAUGGGCCUGGGCCCCUCUCAUUGAUCAAAGGGGAUUUUUGUGGGGGGGGGAGAUAGUGGGGGGCAGGCAAUCACCCCUUAGUAGAGAAGAUUCAGGACUUAAGGGAAGGAAUUCAGGACUUGUCCUGAUUGAAACUGUUAAGGAAAAAUGCUAAGGGAAGCUCCAGUACACGCAAAGUGAUAUUUUCUCUUUGUGCACAUGUGUGUGUGUUUUGUAUACACACCCCAGACUCCUGUGUCAGAAUACUAUGGGGAGGGUCAGCAUGGAUGGGGCAGUCUAUCUCCUUCUGUUAGAGGAAAACUGGGCGAAAGUUUGGUGUUGACAAGAAAUCUCUGACACUGGUUUGUGGUUUGUGUGUAAACACGCUCACAGUUUUGUGUCUUAUCUGUGGGUGUUCACUCUGGGGUGGGGAAGGGUGAAGUUCCCUCCUGGUGAGGAACCAUAGUCUCAGUUUUCUUUUCUUUUUACCAAAGAGUCAGGUUUUUAGCAUUGGCAGAACCUGAGAUACGAGGCAAAAUAUACAGACAAUAUUUUCAUUUUCGGCUGAGGAAUCAGCCUGCUUCCUGCUUUCAGCGUUUUACUCCUCCUUGCUGGAAAAAUUCCUGCAAACACCCACAAUCUCAUCCAGUCUCUGCCCCCCGCCCAGAAGAUCUCUUCUAAAAUGUGACCAAUUCAUAGAGCAUGUGGGGUGGGGUAUGUGGGCCUAGUGAUUUGUGGCAUCCUGUGCCAGGCCACAUUGGCGCUGGGAGGGUGGCAGGCAGUUUUGGAGGCAAGACGGGUGUCAAGUGGGCCUGGUUUGAGAGAGGUGCAUGCGUGUGCAUGUUUGAUAUAAUCUGGGGGUGAGGGAAAGCAAGGGAUUUUGCAACCCUCAACUGCCCAUAUUUCGUCUAUGCCCCACACUCUGAUUGUUUGCUACUUUCUCUCCCCGCCUUUUUUUUAACCCAAGGAUGUGAAUCUAAUGACUAUUUGCACAGCCCGAGGAAACAUGUUUCUGAGGUGUCUGCCAAAUGACACCCCCCAAUGGCCCUCUUCCCCCCCUCCUUUCCCCUCAGAAAUGCUUCUCAAACAGCUGUGAGGACAAAUCCUCUCUCAGGGGAAUCCUGUUUCUUGCCUGGAAUGGUCGAAGAUGGAGAGCUCAACUGCCCAGCCAACAUUGCAAACAACAUGGGGAAACAAGGAAUACUUUCCCUUCUUCCCUCCCCUGUCUGGUUCCGAUCUUAAUUCUCCUCAUUCCCCAGCAUCCCAGCCCAGAUCUGCGGGGCCAGAAUGUCAAGCAGCAAAUUGCGCCUAAUUUCCCCCUUCCCAUCCGUUUCCUUUCAAAACAGCUCUCAAAAACCGGAUAAUUUCCCAGGUCAGUUAAGUUCCCUGGGGGGAGAGUGGUAGCAAUUGCCUCAAUCUCUCUUUGCUCUUUGUCAGCUGAGCCUGCCUCACAGGGCUAUUGUGAGGAUAAAAUGGGGGGGGCAGGUCUCUAUGUUGUGGAGGGAAUCUCCAUGUUUGCUAGGAAAGAGGAAGAGAGUCAUUCUACUUAGAGUAGAGCCAUUGAAAUUAAUGGUCCCCAGUUAAUCAUGUGGAUUGAGUUUAGUGGGUCUACUCUGAAUAGGAGUAACAUAUUGGAGACAACCUUGUAGUUUAAUAGAAUCAUAGAAUUGUAGAGUUGGAGAGGACCAUGGGAGGAAUCUAGUCCAACUCCUGCAAUGCAGGAUUCUUUUGCCCAACAUGGGAUUCGAACCCACAACCUUGACUUCAAGAGUCUCUUGCUCUCCUGACUGCCAUAUCCUGAGGGGUGCAACAGGUUCAUACAGAUGGGUGGCUUCACUGGGGCUUGUAGGAUUAGACAGGGCAAUCUGAAUGGGGUUUUGUGUGCUUCCACUUUCGAGCAAAUGAAGAGCUCAUCUUGAGGUACCCCUCAUUCUUCCUCCUGCAUUAUCCUGAUAUCAGGGUGCCCUUUGCUUCUCUUAAGUACCCUUGAAAUUGCUGCUGGCAUGUGAUGGCGAUAUUGACUUUUAAACGUUUUGGGUUAUUUUGGGGGGGAUGCCUUGUGUUUUGCCUUUCCACCCUCUAUCUCUCCUCACCCUGCCCCAGAAAUAUCAAUGUGUGAGCAUUAGAUACGAUCCCUGACUGACUUCGCCUCCGCCCAGGUUCUCAUUUUUACAGCGGUUUCCUUAUCAUAAGUGGGAGAGCCUGGAACAAUGAUUCCCGUUCAAUGUUCCCACGGCGAUAACAGUCCAGAGGGCAGCUGAUGAGGGAAGGACUCUCUGUGUGGGUGGGUGAUGUAAGAUUUGCGGGGUGGUGGCAUGCUGUUACAGAGCUGCUUGGAAAUGGCCCCCCACUCUGGAGUCCUUUGCAGUGUCCGGAACCAGCUCCCGGCCUCCAGUGCCCACCCCCAUUUCCUUUUCAUCUCCAGACAGAUUUUCAGGGUCUCUGGGUAUUUAGCGUGCUGACCAAUGGGAGUGCAUAUGGUCUCUAUUAAAAUUCCUGUCUUGUGAGCUCCCCCCCACCCCACUAAUACAGGGCCUAAGGGGGAUUCCCACAGCCCUGUGAUGCCAUGGAUGGGGGGGUGAGUUUGAGAGGGUGCACUGAGAACAGCCAAAUCCUUUCAGAUGACAAAGGCAAAGUGUGGGGUGGUGGGUAGGAACUUCAUAGUUGCUUCUGUGUAGUGUGGAGCGCAAUGCAGUGAAAUAAAAUCUUUGACGGGGAAAAUAGGAUUUUGUGUGCAUUUUUAUUUUAAUCAAAUCUUUGCAAGCUGGCACAGCAAAAUGCAGGUUACCCUGUUUGUAUUUAUACAGCUGGGCCGCGUUCUUACUGUACAUUUAACACAUAUUUUUGGCCUGCAUGAUUAUUGGGAACUGUAGUUGGCUAAGGAUGCUAAGAACCAUAGCUCUGUGAGAUGUGAUAUACAGUUCCCAGGAUUAUUGGGGUGGGGGAGGGUGGGCUUUAAAUGUAUGGUGUGUAAGCAGUCUUUAAAAAAUGGAGGAGGCUUGGUGGGGUGUGUGUGUGGAACCUUGAUUCAAUAUGUUUUUAUUAGAUUAUCAUUCCACCCUGCAAAGAGCUCAGGGCAUAUACAGGGUUGGGGUUUUCUCCCUUUACCACUUUAUUAUUGCAAGAACCCUGUGAGGUAGGUUAAGUCAAAUGAGGCGUAACCAGGAUCUCUCACUGAACUUCAUGGCUGAGUAGCGGAAUUUGAAUCCAGGGCUCGAGGUUUAUGAGUCGGCGCGUCUGCCCAAGACUUAUUUAAGAACUCAAAUGUGAAAUUGCUGGUCUAACAAAAAUAAUGUUUUUUACUGAAUGAUUAGGACAUAGCUGAGCACUACACUAUUUUUUUGAAAAGGGAUGCAGAAAUGAUGCCUCUUAUCUUAAUGUCUGUCCCAUGAGAAUUGGUAGAAAGCAUGAUUAAAGUUAGAAUGAUAAAGAAUGUUGAACGAUAAGCCUUGCUGAGGAAGAAUCAGCACGGCUUUUGCAAAGAGAAAGCCAUUCUUGGCAACCUUGGGCUAACUUCCCUAGAUUUCCAAAAACCUUUUGACAGAAUCUCUGGCCAAAGGAUUUAUAGUAAACUUUUGUGCAUUGCCUUAAUGGAUUGUUAUUUGCUUAAAGAAUAAAUUUCUCACGGUCGUGGGGAGGGAGCUGGAUCUGUAUUGUUUGGGUCUGGUGCUGUUUAACAUUCAUAAGUGAUCUUGAGUCGGGGUGAGCAGUGAGCUAGCCAAGUUUGUGAGUGACAGCAAACUAUUCAGGAUGGUGACAAUCUGAGCAGACUACAAAUAUCUCCACUGGACGAACAGCCAACAAAAACGGCAAUUGGGGUUUAGUGUAAGUAAGCGUAAAAGGUUUUAUAUAUAAACAUACAAACCGGUUUGUUCCGAACUGGUAGAGGCUAACUAGAAAAGGGAGAUCCUGGGGUUGUGCUGGAUAACUCUAUGAAAACAUCAACCUGCUUUGUGUGUCAGCACCAACAAGGAGAAAUUCCUUGCUGGGGAUUCUUAGGCAAGCUAUCUGAAAGCAGACCUGCCAGUUUCGUAAAGCUUCCAAAUAAAUAUAUGGCGCAAGACUAUUUGAAUACUAUGUAUGGUUCUGACUAACCAGUCUCAAAAAAGGAUAUCACAGAGCUGAAGAAAGUAGCAGAGUGCAGUUGAAAUGAUCAGGGGGGCUGAAGCAACUCCUCUAUAUUAGGAAAGCUCGAGAGAUGUUUGAACUUUCUAGCUUAGAACUUCAGCUGUAAGCUUCCAGAUGGGCUCCCAACUCCCGCCAGCGUAGCUAAUGCCCAGGGAAGAUAAAGAGGGGUCUUAUCAACAUCUGGAAGGCUACAGGUUUCCUAAUCUAGUCUAGGGAGACACAAUUGACGUAAUUAAGACUUAUAACGUUAUACAUGGUGUGAAGAAAGUGAGUGAGUGAGAGAGAUGUCCCACCGCUUUCCCUCAGAACUGUGGGUUGUGUAAGGAAGCUGAAUGAGCAAAGACGAAAGGAAGUGUUUCUUCACAUAGGUCACAUUCGCACCAUACAUGUAAAGCACAUGGCUUCCCCCAAAGCAUCCUGGGAACUGUCCUUUGUUAAGGGGUGUGUGAAUUAUAGCUCUCUGAGGGGCAACCUACAGUUCCCAGGGUUCUCUGGGGGAAGACAUGACUGCUUAAGAGUGGUAUAAUUGGGUUUUCAAUGUAUGGUGGUGUGGAUACAGGCGUUGUGCAUCGUUAACCUAUGGAAUUAGCUGCUGCAGGAUACUGUGAGGGCCAGUAGCUAAGGUGAAUUUAUUUAUUUGUUGUUUGUUUAUAGAAUUCAUAUCCCCCAACCCGGGCACUUAAAUAAAUUGAUUUUGGAGGGAAAGCCUGAUGGCGAGGUACCUGCUACUUUAGGUUUCCCACAAUGCCAUGCUACGCAUUUAAAAUGGCAGCUGCCUGCCUCACAGUGGAUCAGGAGAAGCCAGCACAAUGCUCUCCUAGAGGUUGUUGGACUCAAACUCCCAUCAGCCCCACUCAGUUUGGCCUACAAUUAGGGGAUAAUGUUGUCGUUCAACAACUAAAUUGGAGGGCACUACAUCCGCUACCCCUGUGGUGCGUGGUAUCCAACUAAGUCCUACUUGGAGAAGACCCAUUGGAAUGAAUGGACUUGAGCUUAGUCAUGGUCAUUGAUUUCAAUGGCUCUACUCUGAGGAGGGCUAACAUGGAUACAGUCCAAGACAAAUUGUAAACUAGAGGAGGAGGGCGGCAGAGGGGGUCCAGUUGGCGCCAGGGGGCUCUUGGCAGCUGCCAGAAAAUGCCUGGUGCUGACGCCAAGCCUGAUUCUUUCUGCUUUUCCCAGGCCACUUACUUUCCUGUGCAAGACUUAGGGGGUCUCCUUUGGAGCGUUCCUGCUUUGAAAGCCAUCGGAUCUGGGCGUGGGCUCUUUCCUGCUGUUUGGCUGGAGACCUGAGCUUAUUGUGCAGAUCCUAAUGAACCCUAUUAAACGUUUUUGCAGAUGAGUGGUAGGCUCUUUCUCCUCCAUUUCCUAAGCUGUCCCUUACACACCUCUGCUUCCGAGGCUAAUUUCAGGUACUGAGUGGUGAUGUGAGCUGUGUGUUGAUAAGAGGUAUUAAAAGGACUGAGGGCAAGUGGGGGUGAGGAUGGAGUCCCUAAAGAGCUUGGAUGAUGGUAGUGAGAGAACCUUUCCCCCCAAGCUGGGUGGGUCUAAGUUAAAGACUGAAAGAAUUACAGGCUGAAUUGAAUAGUCACAAGCGGGGCCUACGAUAACAUGUCACAGUUAAAUGCUUGGGAAAGGCCAUACCUCAGUGGCAGAGCACUUUCCUUGCAAGUCACUGGUCUCGGGUGAAAUCCCUGGCAUCUUCAGGUACGGCUGGGAGAGUCCCCUGUCUGAAAUCUUGGAGAGCUGUUUCCAGUCUGUGCUAGACAGAUCCAAUGGCCUGACUCUGCAUGAGGCAGCUGCCUAUGUUCCUAUUUAAAACGGCCGUUCGUUGAGAACCGUGAGGACUAGAAUCUCUAUUUUUAGGGGAGCAACCAUAGUUUGGCUGUUGAGCACCCGCAUUCGAUGCACAAGGUCCCAGGUUCAGUCCUGGGUAUGGCUGGCAAAGACCCCUUGCCUGAAAAACCUGGAGAGAUGCUUCCAGUCAGUGUGAAGACAAUACUGAGCUUGAUAGACCAGCCGUUUGACUUAGUAUAAGUCAACUUCAAAUGUUCCUAUUGUGGGUUUCUCUUGCUAGGCAGCCUCCAGGUCUGGUUUUCUCUUCUCCCACCCCCUGAAGUCAGUCCCUAUUCUGUGGCCACUGAACAUGGUCAAUCAUCACUAAGAUGUUUGGGGGCUUUCCAUCUCUAGGUUUGUUUGUGUCUAUAAGGAUUAUUUUGUACUUCAGCACACCACAGGGUUUCCUCAAGCCUGCUGGUGACCUCUGUCUUUUUCAAAAACACACACAUUUUAUUGGUUUUUCAGACAGAAACAGAAUUAACGAAUUAACAUCAACAAAUGAAACUCCCUCCCAGCCUCGCUACUCAAAUGCUGUAGUGGGAAGCCUGCUAGCAAGGCCUGGGUUCAACAGCACUUUCCUUACUUGGGAUUUCCAGAAGUCUGUUUUCAGAGACAUGCUGCCUCUGACAAUGAAUGCAACAAAGGCAGAGCAUUCCCUUAGCCUUCAUUAAUUUGUCUAAUAAUAAUAAUAAUAGUAGUAAUAAUUUAUUAUUUGUACCCCACCGAUCUGACUGGGUUGCCCCAGUCACUCUAGGUGGCUUCCAACAGAAUUUAAAAAUACAGUGGUGCCUUGGUUUAUGAACUUAAUCCGUUCUGGAAGUCCAUUCUUAAACCAAAACUGUUCUUAAACCGAGGCAUGCCUUCCCUAAUGAGGCCUCCCGCCGCUGAUGCUUUCCACUGUUCGGAUUCCGUUCUUAGACCAAGGUAAAGUUCUUAAACUGGGACACUAUUUCCAGUUUUGGAGAGUUUGUAUACCGAAUCGUUCUUAAACCGGACUGUUCUUAAACCGAAGUACCACUGUAUAACGAGACAUCAAAUAUUAAAACCUUCCCAAUACAGGACUGCCUUCAGAUGUCUCUGGAAAGUCGUAGGUAUAGUUGUUUAUCUCUUUGACAUCUGACUGACAGGCAUUCCACAGGGUGGGCAUCAAUACCAAGAAAGCCCUCUGCCUGGUUUCUUGUAGCUUCAAGUCUCGCAAUGAGGAAACUGUUUAAAUCCCCCUUUAAAGCCUUAUUGAGUUGUUGGCCAUUCGUAGACUUGACAUCUGCCUUCGACUCAAUCUGUAGAGAUAGACUAUGGAAAAAAUUAUAUGAAACGGACAUUGACAGACGACUUUUAAAAAUUCUCAGAGAGUUACAUACAGACAUUACAGUCAAAAUCAGAACUGGGCCAUCGGGAACUCUUACGGACCCACUGCCAUUGGGGAAAGGGGUCAAACAGGGAUGCCUGCUAGCCCCAUUUCUUUUCAACUUUUAUAUAAACGACAUUGUCCAGUACAUGGCAAAGUACAAGUCAUCGGCUCCAGCCCUUGAAGGUAAACGCCUGAAUAUUUUGCUAUAUGCCGAUGACAUGGUUUUAAUGGCACUCACCCGAAGAGGCUUACGCAGCAUGCUGGGGGGAUCGCAGCCUACUGUUCCCAUAAUUCACUAAAGAUAAACCAUGAUAAAACAAAAAUUGUGGUGUUUACUAGAGCUCGCCACACCUUUAGAUGGUCUUUAGAUGAACAAGUGAUUGAACAGUGCCCUUUUUUAAAUAUCUGGGUGUUACAUUCCAGGCUACAUCUAGCUGGCUAGCCCACUUUAAGGCUGUAACCAUCCUAACACGAAGAACAAUUGGUGUUUUGCUUAGUUUCUUCCAUACCAGGGGAGGACAAUUGGUGAUCCCGGCAUUAAGAGCUUUCGUUGGGAAAGCUAUUCCCCAGAUGUUAUAUGGGAUAGAACUCUGGGGGUGGAACCAGAGGCUGUUGGAACGGCUUGAAAUUUUGCAAAACUACUAUCUCAAGAAGAUUCUAGGCCUUCCUCAAGGAACCCCAGCAGCCUUCUUGAGGGUGGAGGUUGGUUUACCCUCUGUGUCUGCCAGGGCCCACUUAAGAUUCCUACGAUUUUACAUCAACCUUGCAAACUCUUCAAACACCUUAUUGGCCAAACAAGCCUUCGUAUCUUUUCAAAAGAAUACCACUUGGCGCCAAAACUUAUCUGAGAUCCUGGUUAGAUACACCCUACCGGAGUUUAAUAUCCUCAAACGGUGGAGCCCGGACAAAGUCCGGAAAUGGAUCCUGGAGAGAGACGCUCUGUUAGAUACCACAAAAAUACAGAUCCCAGGGUCCUCCCACUGGCUACACCGAAUGAAAUCAGUCAAAAUCUGCGCCAACUACUUGGCGAAUAUCACCAAUCCCACUCUUCGGAGAGCCUUUACUAUGGCCCGUUUUCAAACCAUUCCUACGGCCUAUCUGUCAGGCAGAUAUGCAAAAAUCCCAGUAGAGCAGCGGAUAUGUCCUUGUUAUAUGAGAACCAAAGAGGAUCUCAUACAUUACAUGUUGUAUUGUCCCAUCUAUUCGGCCUUCAGGGAUGCGAUGUUACAAACUAUUCCUAAAUCAAUAGUCAACUCUGAGGACCAAGUAAAGUUUUUACUGGUAGACGCUGAUCCACGGAUUUCUCACGUGGUAGCGGUCUUUGUGGUGAAGGCUAUGAAAACUAGGGUAUGGUUCCUGGAUGAAACGGUGAGGUCCUCCCAUUGCUCUCCUAACCUGUUGCUGUACCUUCUUCCUUGAAUGGUGGGGUUUUUGGGUAGUUUCCUUGCUGGGACAACAUGGCAUGAAUUUUAGCUUACUUUUAUAAUCUUUUUGGUUUAUCUUUUAAUAAUGUUUUAUGGUAUUUUGUGUAAAGGCAUGGACCUCACAAAUUUAAUAAAUUUGUUGUUGUUGUUGUUGUCAUAGAGAGAGUUGUUGGCCAUCACUACCUCAGGUGGGAGCAAAUUCCAUAAUUUUAACUUUGCGCUGUGUGAAGAAAUGCUUCCUUCGAAUGUUACACGAGAGGGAGAAAAUGUUUUCCUUGUCCACUUUCUCUACACUGUGCAUUACUGUAUACACCUCAAUCAUGUCUCCUUGCCUUUUUUUCUAAACUGAAAAGCCCCAAAUAUUGUAACUGUUCCUUCACAGGGGAGUUGCUACACCCCCUGAUCAUUUUCUUAUUUCCCAGGAUUCUCUGGGACAACCAAAGAAAUAAAGUUGUAUAAAGACCAGUUUCAGUUUAGGUUGCCCUUUCCUGAACCUGUGAUAUCCUUUUUCAGGCGAGAUGACUGGAAUGGAACCCCCAAUCUAUGUGCCAUAGAUUUGUAUGAUGGCAUUAUGAAACUGGCAAUUUAUAUUUUCAGCUCCUUUCCUAAUGAUUCCUAGCAUGGAAUUUGUCUUUUUCACAGCUGCUGCACACUGGGCACUACCGUGAGAGGCAGGGCCUCCAACUCCUAGGGACCGAGCCCUUUUGGGGGCCCCAAUAAUUUGGGGGAGAAGGCUGGACCCCCCAUGUUCAAAGGAGGCAGAGGAGGCCAAGUGUGGAGACGAGCAUGACCCAGAUUCUGUGGCCUGCUCCUUCUCCUUCUCCUGCCACAGAGGGGAAGGAGUGGGGAAGCAGACCGCAGCCAGCGGCGGCGGCAGCAGCAGUAGGACAUGGAGCUGCUGGCCAUUGAACCCAGGCUGCCACUGAGUUUGGCUCUGCCACUGGCUCCUCCCGACAUCUUGACGCCAUGUGCGUGACAUCUGCGCCCCCCUUCUCCCUCGCAAGUUGGUGUCUCAGGUGAGAGGGCUUGGGCUCUCAGUUUUUGUAACUGCUAAGGCCUCAACAGUUCUCAAGAUUCCUUAGGCCGUGAAAACUUACGCUUGUAUAAAACUGCUCUACAGGUAGAUACUUCAUGAUUCCAAAUCAGAUGGUUUUGGAAUGGAGUUACCCAUGGCGGGGAGAGUUGGUGGGGAUCGUAUUGGUAGGGUUUGCUCCUUACUCCCCCCUGACACAGAUCCUGUGCCUGUAACAGUUGCAACAAUGGGCAGGUGUUCAACAUCUGCACCCCUGUGCCAGGAAAAGCUACACAUGUUGAAUUUCUGCCUCUUUCUGACAGUAAGAGCUGUGGAAAGGACUCCCUUGGAAAAUGAUGGACCCUCCUUCAUUGGAGGUUUCCGAACAGAGCUUGGAUGGCCAUCUGUCAGGGAUUCUUCAUCUGUGAUUCCUGCAUUGUUGGGGGGUUGGACUAGAUGACCCUUGGUGUCCCUUCCAGCUCUUUAAUUAUAUGACUCUAUAUCAGGCUUUCAUUGGGACAGCCUCUGCUCUGUGGAAUAGCAUUCCUCUUGAGGCACUUUCCGGAAACAAUUGAAGUAAUUUUUGUUGCGGCUGGCUUUCCCAGCUGAAUAAAUGGAUCUUAGACACGGCAAUUUUAUAUGGUUUUAGUUUUUAGUUUUUAUUUAAAAACACCAAAACCCGCAUCUGCUGUUUGCAAACUUUUUAAAAAAUUGUACAUCACUUUGCAAUGAUUGUUUAGAAGGCAAUUAAUGAAUCAAUGAUCAUUUAAAAAUGACUAAAUUGAGAAAGCUGGAGAGAAAAGUUUUCAACCAACAUUGAAAACUGUACAGUGUUGGGGCUUGCCUGACUUCUAAGGGAAGAGAAUUCCAGAGAACUGGGAGUGCAAGGCACAUGUUCGAGUCGCAACAUGCUUUCUUGCAGGGGUGUGUGGCGCCAUCAGCACAUCUUAAGAACAUUAGGAACUCCUCUGAAGAUGGUUCAGAAACUUCAGCUGGUACAGAAUUCAGUGGCCAGGUUGCUCACUGGAGCAAGACGGUUUGAGCAUAUUACACUGAUCCUGGUCCGACUACACUGGAUACCAAUUAGUUUCCAGGCCCAAUUCAAAGUGCUCGUUUUGACCUAUAAAGCUUUAAACAGCUCAGGACCGCAAUACCUCAAGGGCCACCUCUUUAUAUAUGAACCUACCCAGACUGUGAGAUCAUCUUCGGAGGCCCUUCUUCGUGUGCCGCCGCCUUAAGAGGUCCGGAGGGUGGCAACACAAGAACACGCCUUCUCUGCAGUGGCCCCAUCUGUGGAAUGCUCUCCCCAGGGAAGUUUGCCUGGUGCCUUCAUUAUACACCCUUAGGCACCAAGCAAAAACAUUCCUUUUUAACCAGGCGUUUGGUUGAUCUGAUUAACAUCCUAUGCUCUUUUAAAAUGUGGCUUUUCUGUGUGUGUGGGAGGGGAGCUAUUGGGUUGUUCUAAUUUUUAUUUUGUAUUUGUGGUUUUGUAUUUUGAUUUUAUUCUGUGAACCGCCCUGAGAACCCCAGGUAUAGGGCAGUAUUUAAAUUCAAAGAAGAAGAGGAGGAGGAGGAGGAGGAGCCCGGCUGCUGGAUCAGACCAAAGGCUUCUGUAGCGCAGAAUCCUCUUCCCUCGCAGUGGCCAGCCAGAUGUCCCUAUGGGAUGCCCUAAAGUGCAGCAUACUUGACUCACGUGGUUCUCAGCAGCUGGUAUUCAGGGGCCUAGUGCCUCCGGCAAUGAACAUCUUUACCUGACUGGGGUGGGGUGUAGUGGGUGAGGCAGUUUGGUUCAGAUCCAUAUCGGUACCAGUAGUCAAAUUCUGAAUCCAGCUCAGAAGCAAAUUGGUAGCCAAUGCAACACUUUCAGCAAAGGCAUUAUCUGUGGGUUGCCCUCAAAAGCAACUGCCCUCACUGUACAGGCAACUUCCAGUUUAUGUGACGGUUACGUUCCAAGGCAUUGGGCAUUUACAUGAAAUCGCCUAUAUUUGAAACGCCAUUGGAAAAGCCUGCAGACACCUUCUAAACCUCUGGAAACUGUUGAAACGCCCUUUAAAAAACAGCAGCACUCCCUCCAAACCUACUUGCUCAAACUCCCAACUCUCCACAGGCCUCAACGGUCGGUGCAAAGGCUUGUGGGAUAGCUAAGUGCUGGUUUUGUGCCUUUUUCAUCCCCUUUGUGCCUUUUUCGUCCCAUUUUUGCCGUUUUAAAUGUCUCUUCUGUGUUUGGCGCAAUGCGUGUGUGCGCAGUCAGCAUCCAUUGGACGCAUGUAAAUUAGUCGUUGCCUGUACAAUUUUUUGGCACCUGCUAAAAGCCUUUUUUGUUCAAGAAAGCCUCCCCAGACAUGUAGACAUCUGUUUCACUACAUCAUCAUAAUUAUUUAAUAAUACGUAUUUUUAAACCAUCUGAUUUACGUUUUUCAAAAAGUGGUUUAAGGUGAGCUUGUUUUUAAUACUUGGUUUUUAUCAGUGAUUUUCAUGGUAUAUUCAUAUUGUAUGCAAGCUGCUUAGAGGCUUCGGUGAUUAAGCAAUAUAUAGAUUCUGUUCAAUAAAAUUAAAUGAAUUGUGUGUUGGCCCUUUGACACCGGCUGCAGCUUCUGGACUGAAUUCAAGGGCAGCCCCAGGUAAAGCGCAUUACAGCAAUCAGUGUAUGGACCACUGUUGCUGAGCUUCCAUCCCUUACAAACCUAGUUGAUCAUUAUGCCUUGCAAAUGCCAUCUCAUUAGGAGGUCCAUUCCACAGAAUGUAGGAAUUGGGCCUUUAGGGUUUUGGUACCUACCCUUUGGAAUUCGCUCCUGCUAAAUAUUGGGCAGGUGGUUUUGCUGGUGCCUCCUGAAGACCUUCCUCAUUCAACAAGCCUUUUAUGUAAAGAUCUUUCCCUGUUUGCGUCUGUUUCUGAAUUGUUUUAAAGACGAUUUUCAAGAUGUUAAAGUUGGAGGGGUUUUUUUUAAUUGUAUGCCAUCCUGGGGCCAGGUGGAUUAUAUAAAUUUCACAAGCAAUAGGUUGCUGUUGUUUAAAAGUACUGCCUGAUGGCUCCUGGCACACAGCUGGCAAAUCUCCGAAGCUGGCAGUUGUGUACUGGAUCUGUUCCUUGAGUGGGAGACCCCUGUGAGUUGCACAAAACAGAGGAGAUCAACAUAUAAUAAACAGUUUGGGGAAAGUUGUCAUCUAUAGCUUGGUGGAAGAGUAUUGACUGUUCUCUCUCUCUCUCUCUCCCCCCCCCCCCCAUUCCUAGGAACCAACAAGCCGGGCUCUGGUGACCUUACGGGUUGACCCUAAAGGAUUUUUCCUCUACUGGACUGGCCCAAAUAUGGUAGAUAUAUGCACUCUGCUUUUAGAAGUCUUUCUGUUUGUCUCUUCUCUCUCUCUCUCUCCCCCACCCCCCAGCCUCUUCAAACUGCAUUUUUAUUUAUAUUCAUUUCGUUUUUUAAAAGUAAAGCUUCUUAUCACUUGUGAUGGGUGACCAAGCCCGGAAACUCUUGGGCGCUUACGAGCACGUCCUUUAUCUUUUGAGGUCGGCGACAUUGUGAGGAUGUGUGCAUGUCUGUGUCUAUCUGUGUGCACUCUGUACCUCCGAAGCACAGCCCUGCCCCCAAAUCUUGAGAACUGUAGUCUAUCACUUGCAGCAGCAGCAGCAGCAUUCCCGGCACUCGCUAAAAAAUACAGUUCCCAGGAUUCUUUGGGGGAAGCUAGGUACGUAUGGUAAAAGCUAUGGUUUUCCCAGUAGUCAUGUAUGGAAGUGAAAGCUGGACCAUAAAGAAGGCUGAUCACCGAAGAAUUGAUGCUUUUGAAUUAUGGUGCUGGAGGAGACUCUUGAGAGUCCCAUGGACUGCAAGAAGAUCAAACCUCUCCAUUCUUAAGGAAAUCAGCCCUGAGUGCUCACUGGAAGGACAGAUCCUGAAGCUGAGGCUCCAAUACUUUGGCCACCUCAUGAGAAGAGAAGACUCCCUGGAAAAGACCCUGAUGUUGGGAAAGAUGGAGGGCACAAGGAGAAGGGGACGACAGAGGACGAGAUGGUUGGACACUGUUAUUGAAGCUACCAGCAUGAGUUUGACUAAACUGCGGGAGGCACUGGAAGACAGGAAUUCCUGGCGUGCUCUGGUCCAUGGGGUCACGAAGAGUCGGACACGACUAAACGACUAAACAACAACAAAGUGCUUUCGAUGGGCUUGCAUGUGGUCGCUUGCCUGUGACUUGGGGAUGCUGCUGGGUGGCUGGAUAGUGGAGUUCUCCAAGCGCCCCUUGCUGGAAGGUGUUGAAAGUACAGGGCACCCGGCUUGUCCAGGGCCCUGCCUUUGGGGUUGCGUGCAGUUCACUGGCCCCCAGGGGAAGGAGUGAUUUGUGCAGAGGCCCAGGCUGUUCAUUCCACUCUCUUGUCAAUGCCUUUUGAGUCGUUAAGCUGGUUUGGCAAGAAUUCUGGGGUGGGAGCCAAAGAGAGGGAGAGAGGCGGAAAGGGAGGGAGCGGGUUUUUAAAAAAUAAAAAAAACUGAUUGAAACAGCGGCUGCUGCUCUCCUUCCUGUCCCAAUUGCUUCCUUUGCUUUUCCGGCUUCGUAAUGAAUCUUCCGGAGACCUGCACCCCAAAACGUGGCCGUUGUACCUCAAUAUUUGUAACAGACAGUAAAGGCCCAGAGUUCAUCGUGCAUUGACAUCAGUAGGGCACGUUGUGACUUGAGUAUGGCAUUUUCUGAAGUGGCCCUAACAUUUUUCUCAAAAAGACUCCCAAACCUUCCCAGCAGUUUAAUGGUGGAGUAUACAAUCGCCUCCCUGUAAUCAGUGUUUGAAACUCCCAUUGUUCUAGGCAUAUUUUGCGACAGGGAAUUUCAUCAGCACGAGCAGUUCCUGAGCUCUGGGGACGCAGUACUGCGUCUACGAUUUCAGAUUACCGGUAAAACUGCAGAGUGGAAGGAAAAGGACCUUUUUCUGCCUCCCCACUUCAAGCUACUCUCUGAAGACUGGAGAAGAGACCCUCUUAAAUAGUAUUAGGGGGCAAGCAGGGGAAGGACUAAACCAUGUGAAAAAUGAAAAUAACAUUUUAGCAAUAAGCUUGUGUGUUCUUGUUAUAAAAAAGCGCAUCUAGACAUUCCGUUGUUGCGCCCAUAACCUAAGUUUAAGGUCCCAUUUAGCUCCUAGCAUUCGUAUCUCAAUUUCUGACGCUGCCUGUAAUCCUCCUAACAACCUAACAUCCCUGCUCAGUAGUGCAGGAAGUGGCUGACCCAUAGCUGUCAACCUCCCCCUUUUUUCGCGGGAAAUUCCUUAUUCCAGCGCCGUUUCCCGCUGCUUCCUGCUGCUAUCCCGGUUUGUUAGAUAUCCCGUAGACUGUCCUUGGGACCGGUGAGGCUGCUGAUCCCUUAUUUUCAAAUCUGAAAGUUGACAGCUAUGGGCUGACCUGUGCUCCAUCCAAUGAUCUUUGUGGCCAGAUGUGAACCUGGGUCUCCGUGCUCUCAAGGUUCCAUACAUGCCAUACACUUCAAGCACGUUUAAAGGGCUGGGUGUCUGCCACAGAAACUGCCCACAGAGUUAUAAUUCCCAGAGCGGGUUACACAACCAACCCUUCUUUCCUUGAACUCUGCGAACUGUAGCGCUGUGAGGGGAGUUAUAGAGUUUUAGCAACUCUCGGCACCCAUAACAAUUUCCCCAGGAUUCUUUGGGGGGGGGCGAGGAGCCAUGGCUAUCAAAGAGGUAUAAUAGUGGGGAUGUGGCAGAUGGCUCUGGGAAGCCCAUGAGCAGGACACUCCCAGCACUUGUGACUCCCAGCAACUGGCGUCCCAAGGCCUGCUAUCUGCCUCCCAUACUGGAAGCAGUAUUUAUAGCUAUAGCCAUCUCCAUGAAUUUGUUUAGUGCUGUUUUGAAACCAUCUAAGUUGGUAGCCAUUGAAUUCUUUAUUUAAAAGAUGUGUUUCCCUCUAUGGAUGCAUUUCCCUCUCUGCUGUGCUACAAGAGAAGCAAUGGCAAUGUCUUUCAAGGGUUUAUGGCUCACAUGGGAUGCCUGAGCCCCAGGAGAAAUUAUCUCUCUCUCCCCCCCCCCACCUCCUGCACCCCCAAGUCCUUCCUCUUUGGAUGAGCUCUCUUGAUCCUGUCUUCCUACCCACUCCAACGCCUAGCAGCAAUUUCCUUUUGGUUGGAGGGAAGCCCUGUUUCCUGCCACCCCCCCACCUCUCCUCCUCUUACUGCUACCACACAAUUUCCCUGUGGUUAAAGCUCUUUUGCAUCUGGCAGCCGCCCAGGACAAAACAGUUAGCUUAAGUAGCUAUAUAUACAGCCCGAGCUGCUUGAAUGGCAAAAAGGGAACUGAAGGGGGGAGAAAAAGAGAGAGGCCGUGCCUAGCAGAAUGGCUUGGAGAAAGGCGAGGAAGGGAAAUCAAAGCACUCUGUUGUCUGUUGAGGGUGUGCAGGAAAUGCCAGCUCAUCUGACAUCCCCCCCCCCCACACGUUAGGAUUGCAGUAUAUGGGAGAAGGGCUGUAGAAUCUGCAUUGCAUGCAGAAGGUUCCAGGUUCAUUCCCCUGCAUCUCUAUAUAUACUAUCCUCUAUAUAUUGUUUAAGCAAAAGAGUUUAAAAUGCAUUUCAGUGUCCUGCGUGUUUGAAUAGGCUUGCCUAAACAAAAACGUUUUAAGCAGGUGUUGAAAGGACAAUAGUGAAAACACCUGCCUGGUGUCAAUAGGCAGGGAGUUCCAAAGUGUAAGUGCUGCUGCCACACGCAAAAGAUUGAUUUCUUACAACUGCAGAAUGAGUAUUACGUGGCACCUGUAGCAGUGCCAGUUUCACAGAAGGAAGCAGUCGAAUAGGUAUAAUAUAUGGAGUAAGACGAUCCUGCAAGUAAAUGUGAAGGACUUUGUGCUAACAGCAACACCUUGAACUUGGCCCGGUAGUAAAUGGGCAACCUGUGCAGAUCUCUGAGCAGAGGUGUCGUGUGAUGACAAAGUCUCACUCUUGCCAGCAACCUUGCUGCAGCCUUCUUUACUUAACUGCAGCUUCCAGAUCCAACACGAGCAAAGUCCCACGCAGAGUGCAUUGCAGCAAUCCAGACAUGAAGUCACAACACGAAUGAGGCUGACUUCACCCUAGGCUUCUGCAAUGCUCUCUUCUUCUCCCCUCCUACGCAGCUUCCAUUUUUGGUUAAUCGUGGUUUGUCAGUUUACCCAAACCAACAAACUGUGGUUAGCGUCACCUAGGAUUAAGUACAAAUCACGCUGCCUUCACCAUGAAGUGCUUUGCUUACUACUCAUAGGUAAUGUUAACCACAAUUUCUAGUUUAGGCAACACAGCAAGCUAUGCUUAACUAAAAGCCAAAGUUUCCAUGCUCUUUUUUGACCAUGUGUUAGGAGGACCUCCGAUAGGGGAAGCCAUGUGAGUUCAGGAGGAGGCUUUUAGAGACAAUAUGCCCAUGACAGGAGGAGCUAGCAGUAAAUCACACCAUACACAUUCGAGUUAACUCUUUAUUGGCAAGAACAGGACUUGCACAGACUUUAAAAGAGUUUAGGGAUUUACCAGGAAUGUUAACAACAUUGUUACAAUAUCAUCAUCUGCAUGAAAUAUUUAAAAAGGAUAUGAAGCGGGGCUUUGGGGAACUACUAUCACAAUUAGAGAGAGACCUGUUAAAUGGUAAUGUUAAAGUGUUGUCUAAAAUGUACAAGAUGUUAUUGGAAUGGGAGACAAAAGAUGAACAAGUGAAAUCGUCAGUGAUACACUGGGCAAUUGAUAUUGGUCAUAACAUAGAAAUGGAAGCAUGGGAACGAUUAUGGAAUACAGAUAUAAAAUGUACAGCAUGUUAUGGUUUGAGAGAAAAGUAUAUGAAAAUGCUGUAUAGAUGGUACCUAGCACUUAGUAGAUUGGCAAAAAUGUAUAAAUCAAAGUGGAAUCUGCGUUGGAAAUGUAAAGUGAAAGAAUGCAGCUUUUUUCACAUGUGGUGGUCUUGUAAUAAGGUUAAAGCUUAAUGGGAAAUGAUAUAUAAUGAAUUGAAGAAGAUGUUUAAGAUAACAUUCGUAAGAAAACCCCAGAGGCUUUUCUCUUGGGAAUUAUGGGAUUAGAACUACCCAAACAGUAUAGGAAUUUAUUUAUGUAUGUGACUAAAGCUGCAAGAAUGUUAUUUGCCCAAAAGAAUGUUAUUUGCCCUGUUGCCUGAAGGAUGAAGAGGUCCCGACGAAAGAAGAAUUGAUACAGAAACUAAUGGAAUAUGCAGAAAUGGCGAAAUUUACCGGAAGAAUAAGAAAUCAGGACAACAAACUUUUUAGAAAGGAAUAGAAAUGGUUUAUUGAGUAUUAAGCUAAGAAAUUGGGUUGAAUAACUCAUGUGAAGUUACGCGGGUGGCGCUGUGGGUUAAACCACUGAGCCUAGGACUUGCCGAUCAGAAGGUCAGCGGUUCGAAUCCCCGCGAUGGGGUAAGCUCCCAUUGCUCGGUCCCUGCUCCUGCCAACCUAGCAGUUCGAAAGUACGUCAAAGUGUAAGUAGAUAAAUAGGUACCACUCCGGCGGGAAGGUAAACGGCGUUUCCGUGCACUGCUCUGGUUCGCCAGAAGUGGCUUAGUCAUGCUGGCCACAUGACCCGGAAGCUGUACACCAGCUCCCUCGGCCAAUAAAGCAAGUUGAGCGCCUCAACCCCAGAGUCGGCCAUGACUGGACCUAAUGGUCAGGGGUCCCUUUAUCCCUUUACCUUUUUACCCAGAACUAGCCAUGAUGGCUGUGUUCUCUCUCCACUGUCAGAGGAAAUAUGCCUCUGGGUAUCAGUUGCUGGGAAUCCCAAGUUGGGGAGAGAGCUGUUUUACUCAGGUCUUACUUGUGUGCUUCCCAUGAGCAUCUUGAGGGCCCCUGAGAGAGAGAUUGGCCUCCGGCUCGAUCCAGCCAGACUCUUCUUAUGUUCUUAAAGUUUUAAGGACUUCACAAAAAGCCACAAACUAACAGUGGUAAUUAAUGGAAAUCUAGUACAAUAAAAUUAAAACUUGUUUCCUUCUGGUUCCAUUACAGAGAGAGCAGGAAAGUAGGUUUUUGCGUUAUGACUCCUGCACACAAAGCGGCAAAUUGUUCUAAUGGGUAGCUGCAAGCAAAAUAUAAUGGAUACAAAUGUGUGUUGUUGUUGUUUUGGCGUCUUGUCCCCCCUCCCCCGGCCACAUUCUCCUUAAACUAAUUAUGCAAAAGUAAGCGUCUGUUGUAUGAAAUAUGGCAACUGGCAAAAAAGGAGCUAAAAUUAAUACAUUACUUGCCGCGGAGGGAAGAGACCUCAUUAUCUAACCUAAUUAACACAUUUCGCAGUUCUCGUUAGCGGAGAAGGCUGUUGGAAAUAUGUAGUCUCUGCUCAUAAAGAGCACUAAGUGACAAGAACUCUCUCUUUGUCUUUCUCUAUCUCUUUCCCCUCUCAGGAAGUUGACGUUUUGGACAUCAGCUGUAUCCGUGACACUCGGACCGGGCGCUAUGCCAAGCUACCAAAGGUAACGGUGAUUCCCUUCCAUCAGGGACGGGGACCCCUGUGGCCCUGCAGAGGCAGUUGGACUCCAAAUCCCAUCAGCCCUAGCCAGCAUGGUCAGCGGUGAAGGAUGAUGGGAGUUGCAGUUCAAGCAACAUUGAAGAGCUGCAGGUUUCCGCCAUACACAGAGCUGUCUUGAACCAAGCCAGUUGGUCAGUCUACCUAGGCCGCAUUCCUAACAUAUGCUUAAAGCAGUGUUAUGCCACUUUAAACAGCCAUGGCUUUUUCCAAAAAAAUCUGGAAGCUGCAGUUGCUGACUGAUCCCUUUUCCACUCCCAGUACUUAAAAUUACCAGAGUUCUUUAACAAUGAAAAUGUCUUCACAGGGAAUUGUAGCUCUGUGAAGGGAACUGUGGUCUCCUCACAACUCUCAGCACCCUUAACAAACAAACAGCUCCCAGAAUUCUUUGAGGGGAAGCCGUGACAAUCUAAAGUAGUAUGAUACUGAUUUAAAUGUAUGGUGUGAAUGUGGCCCUGGGCUACUGUAUUGCCAGUUUUCCUGCCAGUAACUCUCUGGGAUCUCUAAUAGGUAGAAUCAUAAAAUCAUACAGUUGUAGAGUUGGAAAAGACGCCAAGUGCCAUCUACUCCUCCAACCCUCUGCUGUGCAGGAAUCCUGCCCACAGCCAUCCCUGGAUGGGCUCAAACCACCAACCUUCUGGUUAAUGGCAAGACACACACUAACCCCAUUGUGCCGCAGGAUACUUUCUGAAAUUCUUUUUUACUGGGACCAUCUAGGCACAAAUCACAGUGACCACUGUGUCCCCACUGAGUGAAACCUUAAAAACUCCUCUGUGAAAUAGGGAUCGAGGAGCAAUUUGGUUCAGUUUGCAUUGAACAGCAAACUUCACCCAAUUCACACUUUCUGAAGCAAUGUGAAAACUGACAACACAGCCGUCCUUUAACCUUAGCACAUCUCCAGAUUUUGCAGCGCCACUCUCCAGCCAAGCAGUAUGUACAAAAACUGCUUAAACUGGGGUAAAUUGUGCAUUGAAGUACAAAUAUUAGUGAAAGUAACAUACAAAAUUGCACAAUACUAGCGGAAACUGCUUUGUAAAAAAAUAUGCAUAUUAGGCAGAACUGCAUACAUAAAUGUGUCUUAUUAGGAGGAACAUGCACUAAAAUGCUGGAUUACUUUCAAGAGGGCUUUUGGAAAAGUAAGUGAUGUGCGGAACUGCAUUUAAGAUGGGAAAAAUGAGAAACCAAGAGAAAGCGAAAUGGAAAGAUUUUCCUUGUCCCUCCCUCCUCUGAAACUGCUAUUUGCAUUUCAAGGGAAGCUUGAAAUGGGAGCUUUCCGUGAAAUGCAAAGAACAGCUCCAGAGAGGUAGUUUUUGUUGGCACCCUGGCAGAGGGAAGAGAGUUAACUUCCCAGGUCCCAGGCUGCUAUUUGCAUAACACAAAAAGCACAUGUUUAACGGCAUUCGCUAGGCAUCUAGGGUUGGAAAUGCCAUUGGUGCCAGUCAGGCUAACUUCUCUCCUUUGCACUCUGACUUCUGUAGGACCCGAAGAUCCGGGAGAUUCUUGGCUUUGGGGGGCCAGAGCAACGGCCCGAGGAGAUGCUGGUGACGGUCGUGCACGGUCCAGACUUUGUCAACGUCAGCUUCCUCAACUUCAUGGCAGUUGUUCCGGAUGAUACGGCCAAGGUAGGGCAGGAGUGUCACACUGAACUCUUCUUUUUCUUUUUUUAAGAAAGCAACAGUUCUUCAUGAACCUAUGGCCCUGCCAGGUGAUGUUGGGACUUCAGUGCCCAUCAGUCCCAGCCAGCAUGGUUGGUGGUUAGAGUACCUGAGAGGUGGAAUCCCAACAGUGGCCCCCUCUGCACUAUGCAUAACACUGUAAGCAAUCAUGGUUUCUCCCAAAGAAUCCUGGGAGCUGUAGUUCGGAGACCCUCCCCCAUUCCCCUCACAGAACUACAGUUCCCAGGGUGGUUUAACAAUCGGCCACUCUUCCCAGGGAACUCUAGGAAUUGUGAGGGGAAUAGGAGUCUUCGAACACCUCUCAGCUGUUUUAAACUACAGUUCCCAGGAUUCUUUGGGGGGAAGCCAUGAUUGUUUAAAAUGGCAUGAGGCUGCUGUCAAUGUACAAGCCAGUACAUUGGAGCCAGUAUCUGGAAGGUUUUGCCACACAGUAACCUUCCAUUAAAGAAUGAGGCCGGUUCUUCUGUUCGAGAUGGAUUAUUCAUCUUCAUGUAAGUGCCUUAGCAUCCCAGUUCCAGCAUUGCGGCUGCCUCUGUUGUUGCUUACUGCUAUUUAUUCAAUUUAUAACCUCCUCUUCCUCCCAAAGGAGCCCAGGGCAGCAAAUGCAUCAUUAAAACAAUAUCAUUAAAAGCAGUAAAAAAAAAUUAUCUCAGCCAAUGAUUUCAGGGUUGCCAAGAAAUGUAUCUUUUGGCCUGAGUGAACAGGAAUGUCUCUAAAUGCCUCCCGAAUGUUGAUAUGGAAGGAAACAGACUCUGCACACCAAGGUAGGCAUUCCGCAAGCAAGGGGCCACCACCAAGAAGGCCCUUUCAUAGGGGAGUGCUAUCUGGGCACCUCCCAGUUGGUGGCAGUACCACCACCAAGGCCUCACCUGCGAGUCACAGGAUAUGAGAUGGCUGAUACUGUGUGAGGCCGUCUUCUUGGUACUUGGAUACCAAGCCAUUUAGGGCUUGGUAUGCUAGCACCGACAACUUGAACUGGGCCUGGACUGGCAACCAGUGCCUGGGACAAAUAAGGUAAAUCUAUAUGAAAAAUCUGCUGGAAUUAAUCUGCAAAUAAAGACCAUGUUGUGAUAAAUUACGCUGAUCUUCCAGGUUCCAGAAACCGCCUUGUCAUUUUUAAUUUUUUAAUUUUGUGGGGUACUGCAGAACAGCUGCCUGACACUUCAUUUUCACACUCCUUGCAAACUGUGCUCUUGGGAGUGUAUGCACAGAGCAGCCCCAGGAAGAACCUGUGGGAUUGGACUCCAACUCCCAUCAGCCCCACCCAGCCUGGCCAAUGGUCAGGGAUGAUGGGAGCUGGUGUUCAGCAACAUCCAGAGAGCACCAGACUUUCCACCCCCAGAGAAGAACUAACCCAGAAUCCAGUUGUUUGAACCUGCUAGAUACUUUCACAGGUCACAAAUGAUCGCAGGCUGGAGAGUACAAAACAAUCUCCCUCCACUAGUGUCUUGUAAUGAAUGGCCAUCCCCAGUUUUGAGGCUUUGACCUUGUUCCUCUAAUGCCCUUACAGUUCUAUUGCUUAAUCAAUCUUGGUUUAUAAUUGGCUUUAAUUUACAGCUUUGUCACUGAUGCUGUAAGGAUAGGUGUCCAUAUUCUUUCUGGAUUUUGGCUGCUGUUCCUGUUCCUUUGUCAAUACCUGAAUUCCCCCCGCACUAACCCAGUUCUGGUUUCUAAAACCAAUUUAUGGAGGAGCAGAGAGAAUAAAAAAACCUGAAAUAUUCAAUAAUAACAUUAAUAGUGCACUUUUUGGGGGGAUGUAUAUGUCAGUAGUAGCCACUUCCCUUAGAGAUGGUUGAGAAAUUUAAGUGUGUGUUUUGAAGCAAACUGACCUUGUAAACCGCUCGGAGGCUGCAGGUGUUGCUGAUCUAAAACUCGCAUCAUCCAAGGCUAUUGGCCACACUUGCUAGGACUGAUGGGAAUAUCCACUUAAAUAACAAUUCUGUACACAAUUUAUAAGCCUCUCUCUUGCAUCUUUCCUUGAAUCAUAGCCAGCUAAAUCUCACUCCGAGCAAACCUGUUGAAAUUGGUGGGCCUAAGUUGGGCUUUGUAUACAUUACUGGCUUAAAAUGCAGCUAGGUUGUUUUCAACCCCCCCCCCCCCCUGCUCAAUUUGAAGCUGUUGUUUUUUUUUUUAGUGGGGGAUGGGGACAACUCAUCGAAACACAGUACUGUGUUUCCUAAGAUAUAUAUGGAUUGAAUGUAGCCCUUAAGGUGCAGAGUAAUCUGAAGUGUGUACAUGACCUUAGCCAUGUCCAUAAUUCUCAAUGGGUCUACUCUGAGUAUCAGUUCAGACUCUGUGUUCAUCAUCUGCGUCCCUUCCAAGAGAGGCAUAGGAGACGAAAGACCGGGUCUUUUCAAGGGUGGCUCCCUGUUUGUGGAAUGCUCUCUCCAGGGAGGCACGCCUGGUGCCAUCACUGUCUGUUUUUAGGCACCAGGCAAAAAGCAUUCCUAUUUACCCAGGCUUAAUGGUUUCUAAUUGGGAGGAUAAUUAUGUUCGUGACCUUCCCUGUGCUCUUCAUUUAAGUGGGGCGGGUAGGACUUGUUCCUUUUAAAUAUAUUAUUGGUUGAGUAUUUUAGUUUUUGUUUAUAGCUGCUUUUAUCUAAUUUCAAUGUUGUCAUUGUUUUCUUUUUAUUGCGUAAGUUGCUUAGAGGCACGGGUGCAAAAAUGCCGCUACUGUAAUGAAUAUAAAUAUAGCCCUUCUUCUGUAACUUCAAAAAGUUCCAAAUGAUACAGCUUUUCUCUUUUUAACCAUGCCAAACUUGGACAGCAUGUGUUGUAUGGCUGCCCUGCUUAAUGAUCCGAAUUUGAGGGUAUGGGCUGGAUCGUUAGGCCCGAGGGUGCCAAUGGGAUGGGGAAGGGCAGAUGAGAGCGGCUGGCCUCACCCUGUUCUGCCUCUCCUCUCCUAUCUAGUUGUGGACCGAGGAGCUGUUCAAACUAUCCACAAACAUCCUGGCUCAGAACGCCUCGCGGAACACCUUCCUGCAAAAAGCGUGAGUCGACUUUCUACUGUUUUAAACAGGGUAGAGACUCCUGGGAAAGGGCCACAGCUCAGUGACAGAGCGUCUGCCUUGCAUGCAGAAGGUUGUGGGUUCAGUCCCUAGUAUCAUCCCCUCCAGGUAGGCCCGGGAGAGACCCCUGUCUGAAACUCAAGAGAGCAACUGCCAGGCAAUGUGGACAAUACUGAGCUUAGAUAGACCAGUGAUUUGACUUGGUAUGAGGCAGCUUCCCAUAUCCCUCUGGAUUUGUGUCCUCUGGGGCUGUUGGUCUUUGUGGUUUCUUUGCUGGCUUCUUGUUGGUGGCUCAGGCCAAAGUAUAGGAUGUUCUACCUAUUUACCUGUAAGGUAUGUGUUGUGAACUUUCAGCCCUCCAGAUAGUGCUGAACUACAGUGGUGCCUCGCAAGACGAAAUUAAUCCAUUCCGCGAGUCUCUUCGUCUAGCGGUUUUUUCAUCUUGCGAAGCAACCCUAUUAGCGGCUUAGCGGAUUAGCGCUAUUAGCGGUUUAGCGGCUAUUAAAGGCUUAGCGGCUUAGCGGCUAAAAGGCUAUUAGCGGCUUAGCGGCUUAGAAAAGGGGGGGGGGAGCGAAAAAAAUCUCAAGACUCGCAAGACAUUUUCGUCUUGCGAAGCAAGCCCAUAGGGAAAUUCGUCCUGCGAAGCGCAUCGAAAAACGGAAAACCCUUUUGUCUAGCGGGUUUUUCGUCUUGCGAGGCAUUCGUCUUGCGGGGCACCACUGUACUAUAUCUCUCACCAUCCCUGGCUGUUGACCAUGCUUGCUGGGGUGGAUGGGGGUUGUAUUUUGGUAACAUCUGGAGGCCAACUAUCUUCCGCGCCUGUUGUAAGGGCUGGUGGGGCUCCGUUGCUUGAAAGGGGACAGUCAUAAGGAAUUAAAAUAUCUUAUCGCAGUUGUGGGAGGGACACAAUGAUCCUUUGCUCUCUCGACUGAGCUGGACAGUCCUGUCCAUGCUGCCUUGCAUAGGUUAGUAGGUAAAGAAAGGUAAAGGGACCCCUGACCAUUAGGUCCAGUCGUGACCGACUCUGGGGUUGCGGCGCUCAUCUCGCUUUAUUGACCGAGGGAGCCGGCGUACAGCUUCUGGGUCAUGUGGCCAGCAUGACUAAGCCGCUUCUGGCGAACCAGAGCAGUGCACGGAAACGCCAUUUACCUUCCCGCCAGAGCGGUACCUAUUUAUCUACUUGCACUUUGACGUGCUUUCGAACUGCUAGGUUGGCAGGAGCAGGGACUGAGCAACGGGAGCUCACCCUGUCGCGGGGAUUCGAACCGCCGACGUUCUGAUCAGCAAGUCCUAGGCUCUGUGGUUUAACCCACAGCGCCACCCGCAACCCUAGGUUAGUAGGAGGGAAGGCAAAUUUGUGCCAUACAGCUGACUCUCAGUUAUAACCUCACAGGUACACUCGGCUCAAGAUCCAGGUCAAUCAGGAUGCAAGGAUCCCUGUCAAAAAGUAAGGUUAUAUUUUCACCCACAAAACCGCUGUGCUUGCUUUAUCCCCACCUCCCUCUUCUGUCCUGAGGCCCACGUUCUGUGUGGUGCCCCUGAUGAAGGUUCGGCUUCUAGGGUCUGUUGCUCAGAGAGAGGUGUCACUCCAAAGAGAGAUUAUUUCUAUUUAUAGCCACCCUUCAACUCCCAGUGGCGUUGCAAACAGCGAUGUCAGAGAAUUCCAGUGGAAAUGGGAGCAGAAGUUGCAGGUGUCCCCUUAUGUGUCCCAUGUCUGGAAUGGAAAUCAAAUUGGCGAUUAUGAUCCGUAUUCGCCAUUUCUGCUUUCAGUCUGUAAAUGAUACGUAAUUGAUUUCGUUCUCGCCAUCCUCGUCCCCCCCCAAUUUGCAUUGCAUUUCCUUUGUGUUGCUAUGAAUAAGGUGGAAUACUGUAAUGACAACAAUAAUUUAAUUAUGUAAUUAAUUAUGUGAUUACAUAAUCACAUAAUUAAUUAUGUAAAUUGCGUAAUUUUGCCACAGCAGUCGGCAAGACAAAUAAUGUAGCUUGUAGAGGAAGUGAACUGCAGCAGAACGGAAACAUCCAACAAAUGCAGGAUGGAACUGAAAAUGGUGCCUUCUUACAUCCCUAAUUGCAAGGGCAGCUGCCCCUCCUGAAGAUUUACCAGUUUGAAACAGUGCCCAGGGGUGUGUGGUUGGGCAGGGUUUACUUUUGGAGACCCGCUGAGGGGCUGGCACUCCAGAUGGCUCCUUGAAGCAGCUGUCUGACUCUCUAGUGGGUGCCCCAGCAGGAAGGCCCGCUUCCUUGCGAAUAACAGCUGCUUUCGCUCUUUGCAUGUGCAGUCUGUGAAAUACACAGAGGGAAACUGGGGAGUACACACCAGUAGGCCACAACCUGAUAAGGAAAUUCUCCACCUCACGCCCAUCAGCUCCAUUGAAGCUUAUUUUCAUUCCCCCUGCCCUUUGGCCCCAGGUGGCCUUUGACCUGUACAGUGGUACCUCGAGUUACAGACGCUUCAGGUUACAGACUCGCUAACCCAGAAAUAGUACCUCAGGUUAAGAACUUUACCUCAGGAUGAGAACAGAAAUCGUGCGGCGGCAGCGGGAGGCCCCAUUAGCUAAAGUGGUACCUCAGGUUAAGAACAGUUUCAGGUUGAGAACGGACCUCCAGAACAAAUUAAGUUCUUAACCCGAGGUACCACUGUAUCUGUUUGAAUACCGCAGUCAGGAUGCCUUUUGCUUCUCUCUCUCUUUUAAAAAAAGCUUAGCUCCAGGAUAGUCAACAUGGUACACUCCACAAAUGGUUGGACUCCAAGCCCCAUCAGCUUCAGCCAGCAUGUCCAGCAGCUGGGGAUGAUGGGACAUGUAGCCCAACAACAUCUGGAAGGCACUGCCUUGGCUACCCUUCCUUUUGUAUCGCAUACGUUCUUCUCCCUUUUUUGGCCUAUUUCUGUUUUGCUGGUUUCUGUUUUGUUGGUCUGCUUCCGACAUGUCUGGCUUGUUGCUUCCACCUCUGCAAGUCUGAUAAAGAGCUUCCCAUUUCCCUCCUUUGUAGCAUCCUGAAAAUGUUCUCAGCUGACAAAAAGAGGGUGGAGACGGCCUUGGAGUCCUGCGGUCUUAAUUUUAACAGGGUAUGUCUUUAUUUUAAAAAUGUAUUGAUUUCUUGCCUGCUGCUCACCUUCUCCUCCCUUUCCCAGCAUUCCCCAUCCCUCCCUCCUGGAUCUUGGUCUUGCUGCCACAAAGCCAGCCUAACUCCCUGACUCUAUUCUUAUCUCUGAUUUCUUCCUUCUCUUCCUCCUUCUCCUCCUCCCUGACCCUCACCUGCCCUCCCCAGAACUGUAGUGUUUUCUCUGGGGUACACUGUCUUUCUUUUAUUUAUUUAUUCCUCUCCGGCUCCCUAGAGCGAAUCUAUCAAACCUGAAGAGUUCACCCUGGAGAUCUUUGAACGCUUCCUGAACAAGCUUUGCCUUCGCCCAGACAUAGACAAGAUCUUGCUGGAAAUGUGAGUAAAAGGAGAGUCGGGGGUGGGGGUGGGGGCACAGACGGUGGUGUGGAAGGACAGGAUAUCUGAAGCGAGGAAACGGACUUGGUCUCUUGUUUUGAAGAUUACUGUGGAAAAGAGUACAGCGUAUCUUUGUAUUUCCUCUGUUUGAUAACAGAUUAUGCAAAUGUUAGCAAAAACAGUUACACAAAACCCAAUAUAAUCCUGAUUAAACAAGAUGCCAUUCCGAAUAAGCAAUGUUCAUGUUAGUGUUCUGUGGGGCCUCUCCAAGUGUCCUUUUCAUUGUGCGUUGAUGAUAAUUCGUGAUAAUGGGAUCAGAGUGGUUAUAUGCAAUCCCACUUUCAGUACCGUUUGUGCCUGUUUGUACUGUUUCAGGGCGGACACACUGCUUCGUUUCCAAUCCCUUAACUUCCUACUGAGAUCCUGUAACUUUAUACAUUCUGCAGACAUUCUGGGGGGAGGUUUCACCCUGCUUUCGUUGCGCUAUAAUGCAAGAGUGUCGUUCCAGAUGGGAAGCACCACAGAAGGACUAAUAAAAGGGAAUGAUGUGUGGACAGUCCAGUAUAAAUCCAACACAAACACAGUGGCGUAGCGUGGGGGGUGCAGGGGGGGGCCGGCCGCACCGGGCGCAACAUCUGGGGGGGGGGCGCUCGCACUCGCAGCUCUCUGCCCCUACCUGGCUCACUCACUCUCUCUCACUGCAGUGCUGGCUGUGCGAAUCCGAUCCGAGCCGCUGGGUCGCCACCAACUGUGGAGGGGGUGGGUGCCAGGCGUGCGGUGCGGAGAGAGAGUGAGGGACUAUCUGGGGGAGGGACAGUGCAGCGGCCGCCCAGCGCAGCGCUGAGCGCGGGAGAGAACCACACCAGACCAGACCAGGCAGCAGCAAGAAGAAGCUGGCAGCGGCGGCAGGUUAGGGGUUAGGGGGCGCAAAUUACUUGCCUUGCCCCGGGUUAGGGGGCGCAAAUUACUUGCCUUGCCCCGGGUGCUGACAACCCACGCUACGCCGCUGCACAAACAUACUGUUGUUGCAUCAAUGACAUGCUGCAGAAUACACUCACAAAAAAGCACCAGUCUGGAGGUGCUCUAUAUUGGGGCAAGGGGAGACAUGAGCCCCUGCUCAUGUAGGACUACUACAAUGCCCAACUUUCAUGACUGUUGGUUGUGCUGGCUGUGACUGAUGGGAGCUGUGGCCUUUGUGAUGUUAUUGGACCACAAAUCCCCAUUUCUCCUCUAGACCACUUUCCUUCAACUUUGGGUUCCCAGAUGGUUUGGGGCUGCAAAUCCCAUCGUCUCUGAUCAUUGGCUGAGGUAGCUAUGGAUGAUGGGAGUUGUAGUCCAACAGCAUCUGUGGACCCAAGGUUGAAGAACACUGCUCUAGGUAGUUCUGGGUUGGUAGUUCUUGGUGCCCUUUCAGUGUGGCCAGCAUUCCUGACCUGAUGUUGUCCUGUCUGACCAUUUUAUUCCAGUAACAAGCAAACGUCCUGUUUUCUGCACAAACGGUUUGGCUUGUGUUUUUGAAGUCUCUCAGGUGACUACAUGAAUUGGCUUGGGCAAUAACAAAUUGUUCUGUUCUGUUAAUUCUAAGGGGUGGGGGUGCCUCCUUUAUCAGUUGCAAAUUUUGGAACCGGCCAAAGCGCCAUUGUUCUGCCUUCCCUCUGAUUGUUCCUUUGCAAACAGCGGUGCCAAGGGGAAGCCUUACCUCAGUCUGGACCAGCUGAUGGACUUUAUCAACCAGAAGCAAAGAGACCCCCGUCUCAACGAGAUCCUCUACCCGCCACUGACUCGGGAGCAGGUGCGCCAGCUAAUCAACAAGUAUGAGCCCAACCAACAGUUCCAGCAGCGUGGUGAGCCCCUCCCCCCCGCCCUCUCCAGAAUUUGCAGGUGGUGGUGGUGGUGAUGAUAGAGAAAUACAGAGCGGGUGGAGGCAGUGGCAGAUGUUUUUAAAAUGUGCUGCACAUUUUUUUUGUUUUUUGGACUGGGCGGGAGGUAUUGUUUUGUACUACAGUGGUGCCCUGCAAGACGAAUGCCUCGCAAAACGAAAAACCCGCUAGACGAAAGGGUUUUCCGUUUUUGCGUCGCUUCGUAAGACGAUUUCCCCUAUGGGCUUGCUUCGCAAGACGAAGGGCUUGAUCCGCGCCGCGCGCAAACCGCUUUCACCGCCAAUCUAUCUAUGCAGCAGCGGGGAAUCUAAUAGUAAUAGCAAUCAAUACAUUAUUAGCGUCCGGAAACACAGCCGGUGGUGAUGCUGCCCCGCACCGCUUUGAAAAGUUCCUAGGCUUCAGCCUUAGAACUGGGAGGGGACCUGGCGGCGACACCCGGCUCGGGGUGGGAUUUCCCCGUCUGCGCUCUUAGCGCGCGCGGCGACCGCUAGAUCCCGAGGACGGCAGACUGGGCGGGGGGGCAUGAAAAGUUUUGCCUGCCCAUCUCCGAGGAAGCGGGGGGAGAUGAUCCCUGACAAGGGAAGAAGGGGGCACCCAUUUGCCAGCAGCCGGUGCCCCCGAACCGAGGCUGGCACCAUCGCCUGUCAAAGUGACCGCAAAGGCGAGCUCCGGUCGUGCGGCCAAGGGAAGCCCCACUGUGGGUCGUCCAAAGUCAGCCCGAGCACGCCAGUCACCUAAAAGGCAUGGAGAGACGGAGGGAGCGCACGAGGAUCCCGGUGCAGAGGAGGCUCCUGCAGCAAAAUAAAGGCAGCCGGCAGCCGGAGGGCUCCAGAACACGGAGCUGCGGCGGGGCCGUCGAUGGCGUUGCCGGAGACUCCUCCCUCUGGGCCUCGCUCUCUCCGCUCGCCGCUGCUUGCCCUGCCUGCGAUCGGCCGGGCUCAUCGCUCCGCUCUGCAGAGCGCUGCACAAAGGCGCGGCGGGACAGGUGUCCGGGGACGCUUUGGCUGAGCGCGCCCCGGGAUCAGAGGUGCGGGGUGCUUGCUGCAGAUCUUCCGGGGUCGCUGGGAUGGCUCGCUCCGCUCGGCAGAGCGCUGCGCAAAGGUGCGGCGGGACAGGUGUCCGGGGACGCUUUGGCUGAGCGCGCCCCGGGAUCGGAGGUGCGGGGUGCUUGCUGCAGAUCUUAUCUUCCAGGGUCACUGGGAUGGCGGCGGUCGGGGCUUGUGUUAUGUAAGCGCGUCAGGAGGGACUGCUUAAGAGGCCGGACGAGGCUUAUGCAAUGGCCAGAUGCUCCCUAGGGGUCGAGGCUUGCAGUUGCGGGAACGAGUUUAUACCUGUAGCCGCUAAUAGCCGUGCUUCGCAAGACGAAAAAAACCGCAAGACGAAGAGACUUGCGGAACGGAUUAAUUUCGUCUUGCGAGGCACCACUGUAUAUUGUAGGGUUGUUACUGUUUUUUGGUUUCAUUUGUCUGUGGGUGUGUUUAUGUAAAUAGAUAUAAAGUGGGGGGGUGUAUACAUAUUGUAUGUAUGGGUGGGUGGGUGUUUAUGUCUGUUAUUGUGUGGGUGGGUGUGCAUGUAUUAUAGAGUGUAUGUAUCUACCUAUAUACAUGCAAUAUAUGGCUGUUGCAUGCUAUGGUUUGCAGCAGCCAUGCCAAAGACCUCAUACCUCAAGGUACCGCCUCUCCCCAUAUAAACUGACCUGGACCCUGAGGUCCUCCUCUGAGGCCCUUCCUCGUGUGCCUCCUCUACAAGAGAUCCGUAGGGUGGCAGGAUGAGAACAGGCCUUUUCUGUAGUGGCUCCCCAUUUCUGGAAUGUUCUCCCCAGGGAGGUUCAGCUGGAGCCCUCAUUAUAUACCUUUAGGCACCAGACUAAACGUUCCUCUUCAACCGGGCCUUUGGCUGAUUAAUAUUCUACAACCUUUUAAAUGUGUUUGUGGGAUUUGCUGGGGGGCGUGUGUGUUAUUCUUUCGUUUAGUUUUCAUUUUAACUAUUUAUUUUGUGCUUUUAUCCUGUAUUUUUAUCUCGUGAACCGCUCUGAGUUGAAGGGCGGUAUAUAAAGAUAAUAAAUAAUAAUGGCAAGAAAUAAAUCCCAGUAUAAUGGCAGGCAAGCGAGCAAGCAAGCAGUGUGGGUGGCAGACAGCCCAGGCAAGCUGUUUAAGAGAAGGGAGAAGGUGCUUAAUGUUUGAUGUUCUAUUGUGUUUCUGUAUAUGUUGGAAGCCGCCCAGAGUGGCUGGGGUGACCCAGUCAGAUGGGUGGGGUGCAAAUAAUAAAAUUAUUGUUAUUAUUAUUAUUAGAGCCGUUUGGCAGACUGCUCUGUGAAGAGCCUCACCCCUCCUUUAAAAGGGGCUGCGGCAUAAAUAGAAAUACUUGCAAAUACCAGAUUGGCUUAGGAUUUAAAUAUGUGAUGUUAUAGAAUAAUAUGUUUAAAUUUAAAAUGAAAAGAAAGAAAGAAAGUCGUUAAUUGAUUAAGUAAAUUUUAUGAGAAAUUUGUUGUGGAAAACUUGUUACAAUGAUAUGCAUUGAAAUUCAGCCAGGGGGAUUCGAGGAAGUCACGUAACAAUGUUAUUAAGAGUGGAAUAAUUACAGUUAGGAUUUAUGUUUGUUUGUUUGUUUAUAAAUUUUGGAAAAUCAAUAAAAAUUUUUUUUUAAAAAAUAUGCAUAGAAAGAAGACAAAAAAAGGGGCUGCAGCAAACUGAGGGGUGUGGGGAUGGACUUGGGGGUUAGGCAAAGGGGUGAAUGAGGUGCAAAGAGGGGGCAGUUUGGUUAGGUGUGGGGAAAGGAGGGUUGGCAAAGGGCUUGGUGGGUAGUGGGGCUGGUGAGAGGAGUGACCAGGGGGAGCAACCCCUAGUCGUGUGUGUGUGUUUGUGUGUGUGUGUGUGUGUGUGUGUGUGUGUGUGUAGAUGUAUUAAAUAAAAGUGGGGCACAGAUAAACACAGUUGUUCCCCUACUUAUUUCAGCCUGCCUCUUCUCUUGCCUACAUCUAUAAACCUGCUUUUCUUUCCCCGUCUGUCCUUCCGCAGACCAGAUGUCAAUGGAAGGGUUUGGCCGCUACCUGGGGGGAGAAGAGAACACCAUUGUGCCCCCCGAAAAGCUGGAUUUAAGUGACGACAUGACCCAGCCGUUAAGCAGCUACUUUAUUAACUCUUCACAUAAUACCUACCUCACAGGUACGUGCACCGAACAGAGACAGGCGCCCUGAAUGCGGGUGCCUGCCGCCUGUGCUACUCCCAAAGUCUUCUGGGAGCUGUAGUUUGUUAAGGGAGCCAAGAGUUGUCAGGAGACCCUCUGUUCUCCCCCCAGCGCUACAGUUCUCAGAGUCGUCUCACAGUCAGUCCCAGGGAACUCUGGGAGGUGUAGGAAAAUAGGGGUUGAGAAAGAUGAUUGCCCUUUUUUGUGGCAGAGCAAUUCUUCCUCAUUAUAUCCUGAGGUGAAAUUGUUUUGUGAGAGGCCGGCUGUGCAGAAAAUGCAUCCCUGUUGGAGAUCAAGUGUCUUCCUCUGUGCUCAGAGUUACUGGCCUUCUUUAUUUCACGUUUUAUUUUGCCUCUUCUAAGGAUUUGAGGUCUGGUAUCGUUGCUUGGUUGUCUCUCCUCUCCCCAGGCAUCUAACAUUUCCCCAUCAUCUUCUCUCUCUCCUUUCAAAAAAGCUGGGCAGCUGACAGGCAAUUCCUCAGUGGAGAUGUACCGGCAGGUGUUGCUGAGUGGCUGCCGUUGCAUUGAGCUGGACUGCUGGAAGGGACGCCCCCAAGACGAGGAGCCCUUCAUCACACACGGAUUCACCAUGACGACCGAAAUCCCUUUCAAGGUAACUGGCACCCAGCCCGGUUGGCUGUUUGCAAGAGUCCCCAAGGCCAGCACAGGGGUGCCCACCCUCCUACCUGUGUUUGCCAUUUCCAGUUUUUCAGCAUGUGAUCAGUGGCGGUCUACUUGGCCUGUUGCACCCCUUCCAAGUUAGCAGGGGUCCCAUUGAGGGACGCUGAGAGACUCCUGAAAUCGAUACCUGAAAUGGUACCUCGGGUUACAUAUGCUUCAGGUUACAUACGCUUCAGGUUACAGACUCCACUAACCCAGAAAUAGUACCUCUGCUUAAAAACUUUGCUUCAGGAUGAGAACAGAAAUCAUUCUCCAGCAGCGCAGCAGCAGCAGGAGGCCCCAUUAGCUAAAGUGGUGCUUCAGGUUAAGAACAGUUUCAGGUUAAGAACAGACCUCCAGAACGAAUUAAGUACUUAACCCGAGGUACCACUGUACUGUUCCUUGGCAGUGAAGGUGAUGAUAUCCUUCCUUGCCCACAACUUAUUUGGAAGGGGGUGUUUUCUCCUCAUGCUUUAAACUGGGAGGAGGAAACAUCCCAAAUCUGUAGCUGGAGGGUCCUUUUUAAACAAGUCUGGGGAAACCGUUGGCCCUCCAGAUGUUGCUGACCCACAACUCCCUUCAGGCAUGGCCACCGAUCAUGCAUGCUGAGCCUGAUGGGAGUUGUAGUUCAGCAACAUCUGGAGGGCCAACAGUUCCCCACACCUGUUCCUGAGGUAAGCUUGGAAUAUUACCUUAAAAGGCUUCUUUGCAACGAAUGAGACCGAGGUUGGCAUAGCCAGGUGGAGAUCUGGACUGCCUCUGAUCAUGGAAGCUCCAGUUAUCCAACAAGGGUGAGAACUCAGAGGUCCAGUCCCUGCUUGAUAUCAUUUUAGUCAUGGAAGCAGAAACUGUGGCUCUCCCAGUUGCUGCUGUGGGACUCCAGCUCCCAUCAGCUGCAGCCAGCAUGACCCAAUAGCCAGGAAUGAUGGGAGUUGUAGUCCAUCAAUGUGUUUAGAGGUUGCGAGGCUCCCCAUCCAUGUGUUCAGCCUUUUGUUCCAGGCCUGGGUAUGGGAGCAGAAUCCUCCUGAAACAUGUCAGCACAUUGAUGGGGAACUUCCUCUUAAGUUUAUUGUCCAUUGUAGCACACCCACACCCACCCCAAACUCUGCCACUGUAAGCAAAUAAGUGCUCUUGACCUCUAAACCCAGUGGUGGGGAACUUCAGGCCUGGGGGCUGAAUGUGCCCCCCCAGGCCCUCAGUACUCUCCACAUACCACACCCCCUCUCCUCAGGCCACAUCCUUCACUGGCCUUGCUUUGCACCUCACUUUUUCUGCACUUUCUUGAACUCGAAUGUGCCUCUUGCUUGUCAGAAUGGAGGCUAGAGGGGUGUGCGUAGACACCAGCCUACUGUGGAAAAGUAAAAUUUGCAAAGGUUGCUGUGCUCACUUUUGCCUCAGGCCCCUCCCACCACUGGCAUGUGGCCCCCAGAAGGUUGCCCAGAAGGGAGUGUGGCCCUCAGGCUGGAAAACAUCCCCCACUUCUGCCUUAACCCCUUUCCUUGCCUCACUCUGUUGCAGGAAGUCAUAGAGGCCAUUGCUGAAAGUGCCUUCAAGACUUCACCUUUCCCUGUUAUCCUCUCAUUUGAGAACCACGUUGACUCGUGAGUAGUUGCAGUGCCGCAGUGGCUUGUCUGAGACUGUCAUCCUCGCCCCUCUCCUUCUUACAGCGCUGUAUGAUCAGAGAGGCCUGCGUGACUGAUAACCUUUGUGUUUCUUGUUUUCCUUCCCCAGGGCAAAGCAGCAGGCGAAGAUGGCAGAGUAUUGCCGCAGCAUAUUUGGGGAUGCUCUCCUUAUUGACCCUUUGGAUAAAUAUCCGGUGCGUUCUGGGAGCGAGAUCAACCAGGGGAAUGACAUGUGGGCAGGUUGGUUGGGAGCGGCUGUGGUCCUCACUUAGGCUGUGUACAGAUGACCACUUACUCCGGCUCCAGUUCGCUCGCACUGCUGGUUUCUGAAACCGAGUACGCCUGAUGUUAGCCACAAUCCACAGGUACCCUGUAGCUUCGAUGUGCUUUGCCUCAAACCAGCCUCCAACCAAUUUGAAAAUGGAAGUUGUGGUGAAUCUGAGGUGUGUACGGCUCAGGCAGCCAUUGCACAUGCUCAGUUGACAGCUUCAGUGAAUUAGAGUUUGGCCUGGAGAAACAAAUCAAGUAAUGGGCAUCUGGUGAAUACAUCCUCUCGGUUUAUCUAGCUCAGGGUAGUCCCAAGGACUGUAUGCAGCACUCAGAGACGCUGGGUUUUGGGAAGGAGGUGUGAGCCUCUGACAGGGUCCUAGAGUCCUCCUGCCUCCUUCCCAAAGCCUAAUUAGUGUUUUCCCAGCUUUGGGAAGCAGGUGGGAGAGCGUCAGGCCCCGGCCAGAGCUUCGCACCUUCUUCACAAAGCCCAGCACCUUGCUUACCUGACUUUGGGAAGGCAGUGUGAGGGCUGGGGUGUCAAAUUUUGGCCUCACUCCCCGCUCGACAGGGUAUUGUGCGGCCAGUUGGUUCCGUGUUGAAGUACUCUUGCAGCCCACAUGGUAAGAAAAGUUGGGCUGCCCUGAUCUAGUUCACAGUUGUCCACACUCACAAGCAGCACCGCUCCAGGAUUUCAGAUCAAGAUCUUAUUUGGAGCUGCCAGGUAGUGAACCUGUGGGCUUUUGCACGCAAAACAGCUCUGCCACUGAGCUACACCUCCUUCCCUUCUGUGAAUAGAUUUAUCUUUUGAGGGCAUCAGCACCCGUCUUGUCUCCUAGUCUGUGAAGAUCUCCUGCUCUUGCUAACAUCUUAACAUCUUCCAUUUCGCUCCCCCCCCCCCCGCAGCUUCAGCCUGGCGUAGCUUUGCCAAGUCCCCAGGAGUUGUUGGGCCGGAUCCUGGUGAAAAAUAAGAAGCGCCGUGUGCACGGCAAGGGAUCUGAAGGCAGCAUUCGGAAAAGGCUCCUGGAGCAGACACCCAGCUCCUACAGCGAUUCAUCCGGAGUGGGUGAGCCAGGCUCUCCUGCGCUAGGUAUGCGUCUUAAUGAUUUGCAGAGCCAUUUUUUCCCCUGGACAUAGGUGUGUGCAUUUAUUUAUUUCCAAUAUUUAUAGACCAUUUUUUAACCGUAGACGGUCACAAGGCAGUUUUUCACCACAGUUAAUAAAAGAACCCAUCGGUCCAAAAUGAUACGGCAUCUAGAACAAAACUCACGGGCUAAAAGACAUCAGAUCUAAGCACAUUCUUACUUGUAGUUGCAUGCAUGGAAGUUGCUUCACAAAGGGGAUGCUGCAUGCAUUUUACUCGAUGGGAGUAGAAUUUGGUGAUUAGCUGCGGAGGAGAAAGCGACAGAGUGCAAUAGAGAGGCUAGAGGAGAUAAAAUGUGGAAAUCUUUCUCCAUUACUUCAUUGUUUAUAUUUUAACACACAAAAUGGUAAAUUACUGCCUCUGAUUUUGCAAAAGACCCUUGUGUUCAGAUGCAAUUCUUAAGCAUUUCGGGUCACUGGUUUGAUAACAAAAUAACUUAUACCUGCUUUAUUUUACUAUGCACAUUCUGUCUCAGUUGUGGGAAUUUAUUAUAUUGGAUGUCAUAUCUGUACCAAGUAUUGAAAUUUUUAUUAUUAUAAAGGAUUGCGAUGUGUGUGUGGGGGGGGAAGCUUAAGGUCCCAUAAAUAGGCAUAAUAAUAAUAAUAAUAAUAAUUUUAUUUGUAUCCCGCCCUCCCCAGCCAAAGCCGGGCUCAGAGUGGCUAACAUCAUAUAAAUAAGACAAUGUGCAUAAUACAAGUGAUCAAUCAAUUAAGAUACAUCCCACAAUUAAUUCAAACAAUUAAAAUUAAAACUGGACAAGUGGCAGUCUUCAGGUUAAAAUUGGAAGCGGUUAAUACUCGCCAAGACCAACUGUUUCCACUGAUAUUAUAAGGACCUAAGAGCAGGCUGGGAACCUCCUUUGUGCUUGUUCUUAUAUAACUUAUUUAAAUGCCUGCUGGAAUACAAAGGUCUUUGUUGAGCACCUGAAGUUCAACAGGGAGAGAGGCCUGUCUGAUCUCAGAAUUGGGCCCACAAUACGGAAUGCAUGGCUCUGGGAGGAAGCAAGCCAUGCUUCCGAGCCAUGGUGGUGGGGCCCAUGAACAGAGACCACCCACCUGCAAAACUCUGUGAUUGGGCAGGGAUGUGAGGAAUUGGGAGCUCCCUUAAGGUAUCCCUGCCCCAAGUUGUUAAGGACCUUGUACUGUAAAUUCAUACCGGAACCUUGAAUAUGGCACAGUGCCCAACGUUUAAGCACCGCAGUGAUGUACUGGUUGUAGUCUGUCCCCACCUUUUCAGAUGAGCAUCUGUUUUCAUCUGUAGCUGGCAAAAGAUGAGUCCAGGCUUGCCUGAGCAGCUAACUCAUUCUUCAACUAGAAUCUAUGAUGUGUAAGCCGAAGCGACCGUUUUAUCUUUCUUAUUAUUGUUUCUGCUCUGCUUUUGGCUAGCCAGGGGAAGACAAAAGAGUUCUGCAACGUUAUUGCCCCACUGAGCAUGGGGAUGGCGGGUGGGGGGCUCAGAGUAGCUCAGUAGUGGAGUGUAUGUUCUUCAUGUGCCAGGUUCAGUCACUGGUAUCCCCAUCUGUUCUCCUGAAAGUCCAUCUCCAUCAGACUCUUCCCUCAGCUGGCAUCUGGCAGCAGUCGGUCUGUCAGGCUAAAGGGAAGGGGGAGAGCAGGGGCUGCAGGGCCUCUCCGUCCAUUCUGAUGUGAAAUACCAGCGGUUUUUGGCUCCCCUCCCCGAAAUCUUUCAAUUCCAGCUGGUCAUUGCGGGAACUCAGCAACUAAAAAAGAGUGCCUAGGUUUUCUCUUUUCCUCCUCCAUUCCAACCCCUUUUCCUUUUGUGCCUUGGGGUGUUCAGGGCAGAUAGAGGUGCCAUAUUUUGAAGAGCAAAAAAAGGGGACGCUGUGGCGACUCUCAUUUUAAAUACCUGUACUAUACGUAGGCUAUAGAAGCUGUGAUCUAUUGCUGAAGGGGGCAGGAGAAGAGAAGAGGAAAGCAAGUCUUCAGCCACUAAUAAUAAUAAUAAUAAUAAUAAUAAUAAUAAUAAUAAUUUAUAGCCCGCCCUCCCCGGCCAGAGCUGGGCUCAGGGCGGCUAACACCAAUAAAAUCACAGUAAAAACAUAAUAGGGGGAAAAGAGAAGUGUUGGGGGGAAGGAAAAGAAAAGAAAAAUCCCAAUUUAAAAUACAGGUUAAAAUGUAAUUUAAAAUGCAGCUAUGGCUAUUUCUCAUCCAGAAAGUAUAGCCAGAGACAUUUUGGCAAAUUUAGAAAAUCCACCCGGACAGAAAUUUUACCCCUGAAAAAGAGGCUGUGUCCUGGAAAAAGAGGACACAUGGCAACCCUAAAGAACUUCUUCAUGCAGUGCAGAGUUAAAACUAAGGAACUUGUUUCCGCAGGAGGCAGUGAUGGCCACUAGCUUGGAUGGCUUUCAAAGAGGAUCAGGCAAAUUCAUGGAGGAGAGGGCUAUUGAUGGCUGCUGGCCAUGAAAGCUCUGCUCUGCCUUCACAGCAAUGCUUCUGAAUACCAGCUGGUGGAAGCCACAGCAAGGGAGAGUGCUCUUGCGCUCAAAUCCUGCUUGCUGGUUCCCCACAGGCUUCUGGUUGGCCACUGUGAGAUGAGCUGCACCAGAUGAGCCUUUGGCCUGGUUCAGCAGGCACUUCUUAUGCCUUCUUACGAAUCCAGUCAACUAUACUGGAGGCUGAUGCGAGGCACAGCACCCAUUUCCUUCCUUCUUUACAUCAGACCCAGAAGCAGGGUUAGAGCAAGUGCAAAUCAAAUCCCCCUGCUUUUGCUUCCUCCUUGAAACAUCUGAGCUUAGCUUUCAACAGUCAGAGCGGCGCUCCCUCUAGCCCAGCGCUGUCUGCCUUGACUAGCAGUAGCGAUCGUUGAGAACCCUCCUCCAUUGAACUAGAGGUGGUACAUGGGAAACUUCUGCAUCAAAGCGGCAGAAUUGCUGUUAUUGUUCAAUGUCUUUGUAUCCUGCCUUUCUCCUGAGUUGGGAAUUAAGGUGGCAUAGAACAUUAUUUUUUAAAAACACAUUGUUAUGAAAUAUGAAGUAAUAAAAACAAACGAUUUGAAAUCAAAAGUUAAAACACAAUAAAACUCAUGUAGAGCCAGCCAUUCAAGCACAGUUUGCCCCGACAGCGUCCCACCGGCCAGCUUUGUCUGCACCUUAGUUUCCAAAGGUCUGUCUGAACAGGAAGGUCUUAGCCUUCUGGCGGAAGGGCAACAAAGAGGGAGGCAAUCGAACUUCCCCUAGGAGGGAGUUCCUCAGUCUGGGAGCAGCCACAGAAAAGACUCUCUCUCUCUCUCUCUCUCUCUCUCUCUCUCUCUCACACACACACACACACACACACACACACCAACUGUGCCUCCGAUGUUAAAUGGAGCAAGAGGAGGUACUCGCCCGAGAAUCUUUGCAGGUAAAGGGAGAUGCAAUCUUUCAGUGAUAUACACUACGUAUCUCCCCACGCACGUAUAGCUACUGCAGGCACAGGAAAGAGCACAGCGUAGGAAACCUCAGAAUAUGAUUCAUCAAUGUUUAAUAUAGCUGCUCUCCAGCUCUUUUAGCCUGGCAUUGAUGAGUACGUUGACAAUACUUGGCACAGACUCAUUAGGGCUGUAGAGAAAAAGCCCUGGACUCUUUUCCACGCCAUUUCCCCCGAGCCAAGAGUCGCAUAUCUCCCACCAGUUUUAUUCAAAUGCAGAAGGGUAGCUUAAGAUGCCUACCUGGGAGACAGGACGUCAGCUCUCCUCCUACCUUACAAGCAUGGCUAUGGCUCUCGUUGGUCAGAAAGAUCCAGGGCCGCUCCCUCCAAAGAGAGGGGAGAGGUCUUUAAUCAUCAUUAUUUAAUGUCUUUAUAUCCCACCUUCCUCCCAAGCUGGGAUUUCAACACCUUUGGAGCUUUAUCCCCCUCCCUUGAUUUGGGGUCCAGGCCAGAUCUUCCUAUGUAGUGCUCUCAUAGUUGAAGGCCUGUCUCAUAGAAGAUGGAGGAAACUUAUUUUCUGUCAUGCCUAGAGGGUAGGACCCAAAAGAAAGGGUUCAGAAAUGACAAUGCGAUUUUAAACUACCGUAUUUUUCGCCCUAUAGGACGCACUGGCCCAUAGGACGCACCUCGUUUUUUUGGGGGGGGAAAUGAAUAAAAAAAAUUUUAUUUCCCCCCCAGCCGCGGGGCUGGGGCGGGGGAAGCCCGAGUUUCCCCCGACCCCAGCCCACAGAACAGGCUGCCGCCCCAAGCCUUGUGCGCCCGGCAGGACCUCCAGCCGGGCGCACAAGGCUUGCGGACACCUGCCCGAAGCACGGGCUCGCAAGGCUUGCGGAUAGCUUCCUGAAGCCUGGAGAGCGAGAGGGGUCGGUGCGCACUGACGCCUCUCACUCUCCAGGCUUCAGCGAAAGCCUGCAUUCACCCCAUAGGACGCACACACAUUUCCCCUUCAUUUUUGGAAGGGAAAAAGUGCGUCCUAUAGGGCGAAAAAUACGGUAAAUGUUGAGAAGGACUUCUGGCUGGUACAACAGUUUAGUGGAGCAGAUUUACCUUGGAAGAUGAUGAGUUCAGUUUGGUUAGAGGGUUGUUGCUUUUUAAUUCAGAGACUGAAUGGCUACCCUAUAAGAGGAUUGCCUGUGUUGAUCUUUGAGGUCCUUUACACUCUAGAAUUUUGUCUACUGUAUUAUUAAUUCAUUGUAUAGCCCACCUUUCCUCCCAGGAACUCAAGGUUGGGAACGCUGUUCAUCCCAUCUCCGUUUUAUCCUCACAACCACCUUGUGACGUACAUUAGGAUGAGGGACAGUGAUUGGCCCAACAUCACCCAGUGAACUGUCUUAAUGGCUGAGGGAGGAUUUGAACUCUGGUUUUCCAGGUCUUCGUCCAGUUAGGUGGAAGAACGCACCUGAUCUUGUCUCACUGGUUCAAAGGUGCAAGAAUUAAGAUUUCUUUCUCUGUUUGUUUUUUUUUCCCUUUUGGAAAAUAGGCUGCGUACACACCAUCCACAUGUUUUACCCCAAAGAAUCCUGGGAACUGUAGUUUGUUAAAGGUGCUGGAAAUGGUAGCUGUAUGAGUAAACCACAGAUCUGAGGGUGCUUUUGAGGGCUUUAAAUACAUGGUAUAUAUGCAGUUAACCCUUGUAUUGCGUGAGCUCUACGUUUUCUUGCUGCUCACAAUUUUUUAUUGUUUUCCUCCCUUGCCCCCUGACCUCCCCCCCAAAAACAGGCUCUCCUUUUGCAGAGCAGGCUGAGAUACUGUCACCAGUCAUGACCAAUGGUGAGGAGAAGUCUUCCGACAGAAUCGCAAAGCUGGUUGAACCCCGCAAGUCUAUUGGUGAGUAUCCUUCGGGGAAGACAGGAAUCUGUCUGAGGUACCUCAGGUACUAGUUGAGUUGUCAGUUGAGUUGCCAGAAAAUUCAAAUGGAAAUUGGAAAUCCAUACAGAUUAGUAUUCUGGACAUGUUAGGAUACCAUGUAUCCUUAGAAUCCAAAAUAUGUCUACAGUGGUACCUUGGGUUACAGACGCUUCAGGUUACAUAUGCUUCAGGUAGACUCCGCUAACCCAGAAAUAGUACCUCGGGUUAAGAACUUUGCUUCAGGAUGAGAAUAGAAACCGUGUGGUGGCGGCGCGGCAGCAGUGGGAGGCCCCAUUAGCUAAAGUGGUGCUUCAGGUUAAGAACAGUUUCAGGUUAACAACGGACCUCUGGAACGAAUUAAGUAUGUAACCAGAGGUACCACUCUACUCAGUUAUUUGAAGGAUGCUGUCUCUGAAGAGACUGAGAAAUAGUAUAACUGCAGCCUAAAAAUUGAGGGAAGGUACAUUUCCGACUGUAUGUAGAUAGUUUGACGAAAUUUGGUCUACAGUAAGAAUGAUUAAGUUAACUUAUUAUAAAAGAAUACAUAUAAAAAGCCUAACAUGUUAAUGGUAAAAGGGCUACUUUUUGCAAUGCUUUGGAAUAACAAGUUUAAUGAUAAUGUUCAACGUUAUGCCGCUUUCAGUUUGCUGUAACACUGUUUGAAUACAGAAAUCUUUAUUUUGUUGAAUCUUACUUAUUAGAAUCCCUUAUUUUAAUGAUUUUAAUGGUUUGGUUUGAGCAAUAAAGUAUUAAAAAUUUAAAGAAAAAAGUCAGUAAGGGAAAUGGCUGGCCAGUGUUCGCUUAUUCUUGCCGUGUCUGGAGCAGAAGUCAAUGCAGGGAAUGUGAUUGGUAUUCACUGUUGCUGCUGUUUUUUGUUUGUUUAUUUAAUUGAUUUUUAAUUUCAAGUAACAAAACAUACCCAUGCAAGGAAAACAGGGUUUAGAAGUUGUAUAGAAAGAAAAGUAAAACAGCAGCUCAUGGUUGCAGUUUUAGACACUUCAUGAAAGGCAGUCUGAUGCAAGUGUCUCUCCAUAAGGUUCGUAAGUCAAUAUGUUUGUCUUAACAAAGUCAAUAAAAGGAUACCAUAUUUUGUGAUCCUCUGAUUCAGCAGCUCAUAGCCCACUUGGGGCUGUUAAAAGUUUGAGCAAGACUUCACGUUGGAGCAAGCUAGCUACUUUUGCUUCUGAGGAAGGAAGGAGCAGUAGGUCAGAAAACAAUCUUGCAUCAGUGAUGUCUCUCUCUCACACACACCCAUUCUGUGGGGAGUGGGACUACAUUAAUCCAUUAUUAUUUUUAUGUUUGUAGUAUACUGUAAAUGUGCCCUCAAUUCAUUGCCUUUCAGGGUUCAGGAAUCAUCUCCCCCCACCUUAACUACAUUUUGGUCUUGAGCUUCUAACCCCUUUCCUUCCUUCCAUGUCCAGACCGUGAAGCUGAGAGCGAAGAGGAGGAAGAGCAGCCGGACCCCAAAAAGCCUACGACAGAUGAGGUGCAUGCAAAGCAGGGAUCUGAAUCCCGUGGCCCCUCUAGAUGUUGAUGGACUUCAACUCCCAUCAGCCUCAGCCAGUGUUGUCCAGGAUGAUGAUGGGAGAUAUUGUAGGCUGACAACAGAGGGGUCCCCAUCAGCGGUGUCAAGGGGACUGGUUUGAGUGUUGUGUACACUGUAUUUUAAGCAGACUUCUGGGUGGAGAGCGAAUGUGGUUUAGCAGUUAAGAGUGUGUCGGACUGGGAGGGUCUGGGAGGCCAUCACUCAAAUCCCUACUUGGCCAUGAAGAUCACUUGGUGGCCUAGAGGGUCCUUUGGCAACUCUAGGCCUAAUUUACCUCAUAGGGUUGCUGUGAGGAGAAAAGGGUGAAGGGGAGAGUGGCGGACGCCACCUUAAACUCCUCAGAGGAAAGGUGGGAUUGAAAUGUAAUAAUAAUAAUAAUAAUAAUAGAAUUUAAUGCUACAAAUGGCAGGUGGGCCGAUGCCAAAAAACUUUAAAUGCUACAUCACAUUUGACAUUCAUCUCUCUCCAUAAAUUGUAGUAACAGGAAUAUGACAUUAUGGCAUCACUUCAUGCAUUAGCCUGCAUGCACACACAAAUGUGUGUGUAUAUUUGUGUGUGUGUGUGUGUGUGUGUGUGUGUGUACACACACGUUUAAAGAGUGCUUUCAACAUAAGGUACAGAUGUGAUCUUAAACUAUUUUUUUAAAAAACUGUUUCCAUCUCCCCUUGUCCUCCCCUCUCUUCUUUGUGACAGGGCACCGCAAGCAGUGAGGUCAAUGCCACAGAAGAGAUGUCUACACUGGUGAACUACAUCGAACCUGUCAAGUUCAAAUGCUUCGAGGUGGCCAGGAGUGAGUGAGAGCGGGGAGGGGGAUGGACGCUGGCAGUAAGGUGUUGGGUGUAAGUUUAGGAGCAGGCAAUCUGUGGCCCUCCAUGCAUUGUCAGACUCCCCAUCCAGAUGUAGGCCACAUUCCCAGCAUACAUUUAAAGCAGUGUGAUACCACUUUAAACAGUCAUGGCUUCCCCAAAAGGGUUCUGGGAGCUUUAGUUUGUGAAGGGUGCUGAGAAUUGUGAGGUGACUCUUAUCCCCCUCACAAAGCGACAAUUCCCGGAGAUCCCUGUGAAGAGGGAUUGAUUGUUAAAACACACUGGAAAUUCUAGCUCUGUGAGGGGAACAGGGGUCUCCUAACAGCACCCUUAACAAACUACAGCUCCCAGAAUUCUUUUGGGGAAAGCCAUGACUGUUCAAAGUGGCAUCACACUGCUUUAAAUGUAUGGCGUGAACGUGGGCAUGGUGAGGGACACCCACAUGGGUGGCUUCAGAAUACAAUUAGAAAAAUUUAUACAGGCUCAUGCUAGCAGUGGCUACCAGCCAACAUGGCUAUGUUCUACCUCCAUUAUCCUAGAGUGGUUUAACAGUCAACCUCUUGUCGCAGAGAAUUCUGGGAAUUGUAACUCUGUGAGGGGAAUAAAACGUCUCCUAUUCCUUAACAAACUGCAAUUCCCAGGAUUCUUUGGGCAGGGGAGCCAUUGCUGUUUAAAGUGGUAAGAUACUGUUUUAAACGUGUAGUGUGGAUGUGGCCUUGGAUUCCAAUCGCAUCCAGGGCUUUAAAUGGUACACAUGCAGCCUAUGUUUGGUCAAGGUAUUCUGACAUCAGCUUUCAAGGGUCUCUGACGGAAAAGGGUCUUUUUCUGAUUCCUUUAUAACUGGAGAUGCCAGGGACUUGAACCUGGGACCACCUGCGUUCGAAGUGCGUGCUCUCUACCACUGAGCUAUGACCCUCUCCCUAUUGACAUUCGCCCCAGUGUGUAAAUAUUCCCCUGAUAGGGAAGAAGCAGCAGUAGGCAGUUUGGGAGAGGUGUGUGCGCAAGGCUGUCUGCGUAAUGUGGAGCAUUAACACGGUGCCUUUAUUACUUCUCUCUUCCCAAGAACGCAACAAAUCUUACGAGAUGUCUUCCUUCGUGGAGACCAAAGGUUUGGAGCAGCUGACCAACAGCCCCAUGGAGUUCGUUGAGUAUCCUGCCUGGUGAUGUAGGGUGGGUUGAAGCAGAGUUGGCCUCACUGCUGAGCAGCCCCAAGGCCUCAUCUGUGCUGUACCUUUAAAGCAGUUAUCCUACCGCUUCAACCAGUCAUGGCUUCCCCCUUGGAAUCAUGGGAGCGGUAGUUCGAGAAGGGUGCUGAGUCUCGCUAGGAGACACACACAUGCUAUUCCCCCUCACAGAGCUUUUGUUCCCGGAGUGGUUUAGCAAGUCAGCCCCUCUUCCCAGAGAACUCCUUAGCUCUGUGAGGAAAAUAGGGGUCUCCUGUAAGCACCCUUACCAAACCACAGUUCCCAGGAUCCUUUGGGGGAAGCGAUGACCGUUGAAAGGGGUAUGGUACUGCUUUAAAUGUCUAGUGUAGACGAGGCCCUAGAUGAAUCCCUGUGGCAGCACCUUUGUUGCUACAACAGUGAAUGGUACGACUGUUUUGAGUGCUUGGAACCUCUUCUGUUAGUAGAGACUGAUCUGUUAGGGCAAAUGGGUCCACCAAGCUCAUUCUGCCUUCUUUCUUACAAGCAGUCCAGGAGUGGCUCUGCCCAUCAUUGGCUCUGGCACCACCUUCUGUUGGGCUCCCUGCCUUCUGCCCUACUAGUCCCAAUAGGCACCAGGUGGCAUUGGCUCCUGCAUGUCCUGCUCAUGGGAACUGUGGGAAAGAAAAUCCAAGAUAGGAGGUUAUGUAUGUGGGGCUCAUUCUGUAGACCCAGGCAUCAGUAGGAGUUGGGGGAGUAACUGCAAAUGCUCAGUGGUAAAAUCAGGUAGUCUAAGCCUCUCCAUGAGCAAAGGGAUGACAUCAGUUUUAUUGGAUUGGACCAUUGGUCUCAGGCCAAGAAUGAGGAAUCCGGUUUCAGUUUGGAGGACCUUGUUCCCUUGUGGGCAAGUGUGUGUGUGUGUGUGUGUGUGUGUGUGUGUGUGUGACAUACCAAUGGUGGGUGGAGCCAGAUGCAGAAGUGGGUGGAGCAAUGUAUAGGAUUCUUGCAUUUUGUACAAUAGGCUCCAAUCCUGGCCAGCGUCUACACUGUCUGCAGCACUCCAGGAUUUCUCCAGCAGCGUGUGUAGACACUAGCCUAUCGUGCAAAGGUAAAUUUGUAUUAAUUACUCCAUCCACUUUUGCUUCAUCCCUGCCCACCACUGGCAUGUGGCCCCUGGAACAUGGCCCAGAAGAGAACGUGGCCCUUGAGCUGACAAGGUUUCCCACCCUUCGGUUACUUCUUGAUAUGUGUGUUUAUGUGUGUGUGUGUGUGUGUGUGUGUGUGUGUGUGUGUGUAAGUAAUUGAUGACUAAUGUUAGAAAGAGGGACAGAGAGCCUGAGAAAACAGAAUGCCUUCAAGGGCACGUUGAGUGCUCCCAGCUGAUCCAUGAUCAUUGACGGCCAUGGUAGAGUUGAGGUGCCCUCGUUGGCUGUUGCCUUGACAAGCACCCCUUGCCCAGAUACAACAAGCAGCAGCUGAGCCGGAUAUACCCCAAAGGGACCCGAGUGGAUUCCUCCAACUACAUGCCUCAGGUCUUCUGGAAUGCCGGCUGCCAGAUGGUGGCACUCAAUUUCCAGUCGCUUGGUAAGUGCCAUCCUCUUUUCCCCCCCUCUGCUUGCUAACAAUGAGGGCUAGAAACUUAUUUCACAUGUGUUUUAUUUUAUCUACAGCAUUUAUAUACUGCUUAAUCAUUAGCAUUUCUAAGCAGGGUACGUGAAAAAUAAACCAUUCAGAGAAUGUGACAGUAAAACCAAACUAAAUGACUUCUGGAAUAAGAAAGUCCUUGUCGUGUGUCUGAUACUCCGCAAGGAGGGUGCAUGUCUAAGCUCAGCCCAGAGGAAACUCCACGUUUUUAGGCCCUCAGCGCUGAGACUGCAUGGCUUUCAUAUGAAAGAAUGGAACAGCCCUCCCAUCCUCUGGGUUGCAUUUUUUUUUUGUCAGUCCCAGGCAGAAAGGGGGGGGGAAGCUUUUUAAGCCUCUGGUGGGUUGCCAGACAUAGCUGGUGGUCUGUGUUUUGGUUUAAGCUGGCCAGAAGCAGGAAAGACCCGUGGCAACUCUCUUGACUUAUUUUCCUACCAAAUUAAAGAGGGAGGGAUCUAACCACACACAGUUCACUUUCACGUAUGCAUAAGGCAGUAAUGGGGAGCCUGUGGUCCUCCAUACGUUGCUGAACUCCAACUCCCAUCUGCCCCAGCCAGCAUGGCCAGUGGUGAAGGAUGAUGGGAGAUGUAGGCCAACAACAUCUGGAGGGUUACAGCUUCCCCACAUCCCUGCUGUAGAGUCUGUGUGCUGUUCAGAGAUGGAGGUUUCAAGAGGCGGGGAAGGAGGAAGGAUAGAAUAUUGGUUGUUCUCGCUUGUAUGAUGUAUUGAUACUUGUGCUUGAAUCUCUGUUUGCCCAGACUUGCCAAUGCAGCUGAAUCUGGGCACCUUUGAGUACAAUCGCCGGAGCGGGUACCUACUCAAGCCAGAGUUCAUGCGGCGCCAGGACAAGCUCUUUGACCCCUUCACCGAAGAUAUCAUUGAUGGCAUCGUGGCUAAUACCGUCAAAGUGAAGGUUCGAAGGGUGGUGGUUUGCAGGGCUGUUGCAGGGAUGAUGAACUUGUGGCUCUCUAGAUGUUGCUAGACUCCAGCUCCCCGCAGCAUGGUGGUCAGCGGUGAUGGGAGCUGUUUUUCAGUAGUUUCUGAAGGGCCACAGGUUCCUCACCCCUGGGUUGUUGCUAUGAGGAGUUGCCAGCUUAAUGUAUUAGUGGGAGGCUUAAACAAAGAGGGGGAGCUCUUUCUUCCACGCCCUGCUUGCACCUGAUUGGGCAACUGCUAGAGGCAGGUUCCCCACGCUGAUUUAAAACGAGGAUUUGAACAAUACUGUCCUCCCAAUGAAAAAUAUAGAGAAGAGUUAACACUUCUCACUUUAUAAACAGUAAACAUUUGGUCCCAUCUCUCUCUUCUCUCUCUUGCCCUCUCCCCCAUCACACUCCCAGAUAAUCUCAGGACAAUUUCUUUCGGAUAAGCGGGUGGGCAUCUACGUCGAGGUGGAUAUGUUUGGGCUGCCGGUGGACACCAAGCGCAAAUUCCGGACGCGGACAUCGCAGGGGAAUUCUUUCAACCCAGUGUGGGAUGAGGAACCUUUUUUGUUCCACAAGGUAUUGGUGAACACAGUUCUAGCACAAGGACUCUUGAAGAAGCCAUAAUAAUGUCUUACGUUUAAAUCUAAUUUGAAUUUGGUAUCUGAGCUCCCUAAAAUAAGAACGCUUCUGAGCUUAUGCAGAGCGCAGUUUCAUAAUUGUACUUGCCUGUGUAGAGACAGAUCAAUGCCAUCAAGUGGCUUAAUAUUUGCUACCUCCCUUACCCAAACAACCUUGGGAAUUGUAGUCCUUUAAGGGAGAGCUAGACCUGUCUUAACAGUUUUUCGUACCCCUGUCAAUAAUAAUAAUAAUAAUAAUUUAUUUAUACCCCGCCCAUCUGGCUGAGUUUCCCCAGCCACUCUGGGCGGGGGCUGUCAAACUACAACUUCCAGCUUUCUUUUGAAAAUAGUAUGAAACAGCUGCAUGCUUGUAGUGUGGAGGGGGUCUUAUGAAAUGUAGAUGGAGAUUCCGUAAGUUAAGCAAGUGGGACUGUUCCAACUUUUUUGGCUUUUGGCAUGCUACACGUGGAGCCCUCCAAGUGGAGGUUUGGGCAGUGUUCUGAAUUUCCUCCACCAGCCAGUGGGUUGUACUAGCUGACCUAUAGGACCCUUCAAAUUCCGAUUCUAAAAAUCACAAUGGAAGGUGUCGUGUCUUUGUGUUUCUGCCUUUCCCCUAAUAAUACACCUGUCUUGUCUGUCCCCUCAGGUGGUGCUUCCUACAUUAGCCUCGCUGCGUAUAGCUGUCUUUGAAGAGGGGGGCAAAUUUGUGGGGCAUCGGAUACUGCCCGUCUCUGCCAUCCGUUCAGGUGACCCCCCCUUCCCCUUCCCUUCCCCAUACCCGUUUACUGAGAUACUGCCGUUCAACUCAGCGGGGCUUAUUUCUGAGGUUAGACAUGACAGCGCUGUAAAAUACUUAUUCUGGCACCAUCUUUUGUGCAUUAGAGCAUCGGGGUUAUCCUGAACAGUCCCAUGGCCCUCAGUAAGCUUAUGUGUCUCUCCCCACAGCAGCCUUUUUGCUCAGGCGCUGCCCUCCGCUGCCCUCCGCUGCUCCACCCGCAGCCAGCAUGCAGCGCCUCAGGGGUCACCUCCAAGGGAUUGCAGCCCUUGACAGGCCAAAGGUUAUCUAUGCCCAGCCUAUCGCCUGCUUUAUCAGAAAGUAGAAGUGUUUAUCCUUAGGGAGCAGAUUUUAUUAAUUACAUAUAUGCACGUGCAUUUUAAACAGCAGAGCCAAAAGGCCGUGAAGUGUAAAGAGUGGAUAUUUCUGCAAUGUUUCUGUGGAGAGCCAAAUGCGUGCAAAAUAAGGGCAGCCAUCUAGAUUUCUAGAUUAGCUGGGCUGAUUUAUCACCGGAAAUGUGGUCCUUAUCUUGUAUACAUUUGUGCUUUGCGCAGAAAUGUCAGAAACCCGCUGCUUUGCAUUUAAUGGCCUUCUGGCCUCAUUGUUUACUAAAUAAUUUUCCUUUUUGUACCUCUAUGUGUGUACACACACACACACACACACACACACACACACAGACACCAUGUGUGUACUGUAUAAUUUGCUAGACAAGGACCAUAAACACAGGAAGGCGCUUUAUCUCAGCUUAUUUGUCUGCUUAGCUUAGUAUUGUCCACUCUGACUGGCAGCUGCUCUCCAGGGUCUGGGGCAGAGAGGGAGCUCUUGCCACAAUCUGCUGCUGGAUCAUUUUUAACUGAAUCAAACCCGAUACCUGCUGCAUGCAAAGCAUCUGCUCUACCAAUGAACUGCAGCCCUUCUCCCAAAAAUACACCAAUUGAAUGAAAAGGCACUGGGAUGAUUGGCUAGUGCAUGAAGCUGUGAAGGUGCUUGAUACUCCAAAGUCUUCUCACAACGCUUGAGAUUGUUGAAGUCAGGGAUGGGGGACCUUUGACCCUGUGAGAUGUUGUUGGGCUACAACCCCCGUCGCUAGCUGAGCGGCUGUCCUUGGCAGAGGCUCUUGGAAGUUAGGGCACAUCUGCACCAAACAUUUAAAGCUGCAUAUACCGUAUUUUUCGCCCUAUAGGACGCACUUUUUCCCCUCCAAAAAUGAAGGGGAAAUGUGUGUGCGUUCUAUGGGGCGAAUGCAGGCUUUCGCUGAAGCCUGGAGAGCGAGGGGGCCGGUGCGCACCGACCCUCUCACUCUCCAGGCUUCAGGAAGCUAUCCGCAAGCCGUGGGAGACGCAGCUCUCCCACGGCUAGCGGAGAGCUUGCCUGCACCCAGAAGCUUGGGGCGCGCUGAGCUCAGCACGCCCCAAGCUUCGGGCUUCACGCAGUCCUCCGCUAGCUCUACGUGGGAUAGCAGCCUGUUCUGGGGGCUGGGGUCGGGGGAAGCUCGGGCUUCCCCCGCCCCAGCCCCGCACCUGGGGGGGGAUUUUUUUCCCCUUUAUUUCCCCCCCAAAAAACUAGGUGCGUCCUAUGGGCCGGUGCAUCCUAUGGGGCGAAAAAUACGGUGCCAGUUUUUAGUGUCAUGGCUUCUCCCAAAGAAUUCUGGGAACUGUAGCCCGUUAGGGGUGCUAAAGAAUUGCUAAGAGACCCGAGUUCCCCUCACAAAGCUACAGCUCCCAGAGUGGUUUGACAGCCACUCUUCCCAGGGAACUCUGAGAAUUGUAGCUGUGUGAGGUGAAUAGGGAUCUCCUAACAGCUCUCAGCACCAGAGGCGCCAUUUUGUGAGGGCAAGUGGGGAGGCCAAUGUUGUGGCAGGAGGGGAAGAAGCCAGUCACUAGAGCUGCUUUGCCUCCAUGCUUUUUGAGCAUAGGAGGGGCAGAACCUACCCCAGAUAUGUAGGGGGGAACAAAACAGCUCAGCCCCCUGGAACUGGUGCCCCUGCUCAGAAGCCUUAACGGGCUACAGUUUCCAGGACACUUUGGGGGAAGCCAUGACUGCAUAAAGUGGUAUUAUAGUAUUUUGCUUAUUUACAUUUAUUAAUUUAUUUUUUUUAAAAAAUGUGUAUACCCCCAUGUCUAAAAAAAGAAGUGAAAGUGAUUUACUGCAAUAAAACAUGAAACCGUACAAGAAAAACCAUAUAAAAAACUUAAAAACAGACAUCAAUUAACCAUUGAGGAAGGAUGCAUAGUGCCCGCAUAGGCUUGGCAAAACACAAAGGUUUUCAGCAGGUGUUUAAAAGGGGGCGCAGGAAGAACCUGCUGAAUCUCUAAAAGGUAAAGGGUAAAGGGACCCCUGACCAUUAGGUCCAGUCGUGACCGACUCUGGGGUCGUGGCGCUCAUCUCACUUUAUUGGCCGAGGGAGCCGGCAUACAGCUUCCGGGUCAUGUGGCCAGCAUGACUAAGCCGCUUCUGGCGAACCAGAGCAGCGCACAGAAACGCCGUUUACCUUCCCGCCGGAGUGAUACCUAUUUAUCUACUUGCACUUUGACGUGCUUUCGAACUGCUAGGUUGGCAGGGACCGAGCAACAGGAACUCACCCUGUCACAGGGAUUCGAACCACCGACCUUCUGAUCGGCAAGUCCUAGGGCAGAUUAUUUCACGGGACUGGGCCGGUGAGACUAAAGUCUCAGUUUUAAUUACAUGGUGUGGAUGUGGCAUUGGAGUCUGGCAACAUCUGGAAUCCUGAUGUCAGAAUCUGGCGCCUUCUGCCUGCAGAACAAUGCUUUACCAAUAAGCUCUGUUCCUUUCCCCUAAUGACUGUUCCCUCUCCAUUUCCAAGUAUUGGCCUUUCCUAACACCUCUGCUUGCUGCCCCUGAAUGUCCACCUCUCUGUUCUUACUGUUUUUUUUCCCUGUGUUUCCCCCUCCCUUUGUCCCACAGGCUACCACUACAUUUGCCUGCGCAGCGAAAGCAACCAGCCCCUCUGCCUCCCGGCCUUGCUGGUCUACACUGAAGCCUACGACUACAUCCCAGAUGAUCACCAAAGUAAUUGAAUGCUUGCGGUGGGAGGCGUUUCAUGAUCAAUCCCUCUUCCCAGGGAACUCUGGGGAAUUGUAGUAGCUCUGUGAGGGGAACAGCUUCCUUAGCAACUCUCCGUGCCAAACCAAGGAAACUACAUUUCCCAGGAUUCUUUGAGGGGGAAAGCCAUGCCUGUUUAAAAUGAUACGAUACUGCUUUAUACAGUGCAGAUGGGGACACAUGAUUCGUCACUGAAGGUUAGCCGCUUGGCUGAUCUGUAUCGAUGAUAAGGUUAGCUUGACGUAUCGUAUCUAGAAGGCUACUGUGCACACCAGGAGAAUAAGAAGAUAUAUGAGCUGAUGUGAAAAGGUGGUACCUUUCAGCUUGUGCCUGAUCAUGUGUUUUGAGCCCUGCUCACCUUGACUAUUGAGGAAGACUCCUUGGGGUUUGAAACACGUUUCGUCUCCAGUAUAGAUCUGUUCAUUCUUAGUCACAUCAGACUGCUGCUAGGACGCUGUAUCAGCCUCAUGUAUUUUUGUGUAAUUUUAUCCACCUCUUUGUUAUAUGUUUCACAUUUUUUUCUGAAAUUAUAGUUGUGUUUUAUUCUUGGACACAUUUUAGUAGCACUUUACAUUUGGGGUUUUUUGGGGGGGGAGCUCUUACCCAAUUUUGGGUUGUGUUCUAUUACGUUUAUUCAUUUAUUAAAUUCCUUAUAUUGAACACAGUUGUGCUCUCAGUAGCCCUGCUGAAAUUAAGGGACCUAGUUGGCCAUGUUCAUUAACUUGCUAACUCUGAGUAGGUCUACUCUGAGUAGGACUGUUUAUUUCAAAAGAUUUAUAUACCUCUGGAUUGUAAUAAAACCUUAAAAGUGGCUUACAAAUGAGAAUAACCAAUAAUAAAAUUAGCAGUUUAAAAAAAUGUUUAAAUCGGCUAUCUAAAAUGAUUGAAAAAAUAAUAAUUAAAAUCAGUAUAUGUGCUGCUGAAGCAAGUGCAGAAAAAAAUAAUUAAAAUCAACGAUAAGCUGAAAACAAGAUUUAAAACACAUGUGAACAUUCUACAUGUCUGGAUAGGCUUGUGUAAACAAAAAUAUUUUUAGCAGGGCUAGUAUGUCUUAAGGAAUCUGUGUCUUAAAUCCAGCUUUGGAGACUGGGAUGUGCCUAUUCUAAUUUUUUUGUAUCUCACUGUGAUGAACUAAGGUCCAUUAAUUUCAUUGGGUCUACUUCAGUUGGUGCAAGCAUGCACUCACAGGCUUCCUCAUGUGUUAAAACUAAUGGAUCUUCUUUUUCCCUCAGAUUAUGCAGAGGCUCUGAUCAACCCCAUUAAACACGUCAGCUUAAUGGACCAGCGAGCCAAGCAGCUUGUGGCUUUGAUAGGAGAGAGUGAGGUGAGGGCAGCCAUGGCACACAGAGGGAGGGAAGCGGAUGUGGGGCUGGAAGGGUUUCAUUUUCGUUGGACCUGAUCUGCACCUCCCCAUGUGGGUUGGAUCGCAGUUACCUCCCAGGUUUCAUAGUUCUCUGAAUUCUGCCAUAGAAUCCUCUACUUUUUUUAAAAAAAUAUGUAUUAGAAGGGCAUAAUGUGUAAUAAAAAGGUUGUAUGCAGUGUUGGUCCUACUCAAAGUAGACCCAUUGAAAUUAAUGGACACUGCUAGCUUGGGUUCAUUAAUGUCAGUGAGUCUCCUCAGAAUAAAACUGACUUGGAUGCAGCCUGGCAUGUUAACGAGUGUAUUUUUAAAAAAUACAUAUUUAUUUUUCAGAGGAAAUAAUAGUGUUUCUUUUAAACUCAUUUUAAUAUUUUUUUUAAAAUGGCUUUAACCCACCCUGGCAUCUUGUGGUGAAGGGUGGGUUUAAAAGUUGAAUGAAGAAUGAGGAUUUUAAAAAGUUACAGGUUAAGACAGAAAAUGGAUUUAUGAAAGAACCCUGUGUGAAACUGGGAAGAGACAGAUUCACCUGCUGCUAAGAAGGUGGGACAAGGGCUGAAACCUGUGGAAGUGCAGGCAACUCCCUCCUUGCCAGUGAUGUAAUGGUCCAAGGUCAAGGACUCCUUACUAUUUCUGCAGCAGGGUUUCUGUCUCCAGCAUCCUACAGCCGCCCAAUCAGCAUGAAAGGGGAUCUUUUUAGCCACUGCAUGCUCCAAAGCUAAGCAUUUAGGGUCGCUUCAUUUUCAAGAGAACGGUGUGCAAGUUCUGUUACGUACAACAAAGCUUCAGGCCAAACGCAAGUCCCUCUGAGAGAAGAUAUUGGAGCACUCCAAAUCAUGUACAGUGGUACCUCUGGAUACGAACGGGAUCCGUUCUGGAGCCCCGUUCGUAUCUAGAAGCAAACGUAACUAGCGACAGCAUGUCUGCGCACACACACGCAGCUUUUCGCCCCUUCUGCGCAUGCGCGUGACAUCAUUUUGAGUGCGCAUGCGCAAGCAGCAAAAUCCGAAAGUAACGCGCUCCGUUACUUCCGGGUUGCCACAGAGCGCAACUCGAACGCGCUCAACCCAAAGCGCAUUCAACCCGAGGUAUGGCUGUACAUGCACAGAAAAUGGCAGAUCUAGCUGAAAGGCAACACAUGGCACCAAUAACUGGAAUGUAGCCCCUUCAUAUUACAGUUGUUCAAUUGCAAUAUUAUUGUACAAUCUUAGAAGGGUGAGGGUGUGACUGUUCUGAAGGGACCCUGUACUUCUGAAUUUGCCACUGUGCUACUUCUCCUUGCCAGCAGGAGAAUGCAGAGAAGCCACGGACAUCGGUGUCAAGAAGUUCCUCUGGCGUGACCGCUGGCCCCACUGAAGAGGCACACAAGCCCCCACCUCCCCUGCUCCCUCCGACCCGGACCCCCAGUGUAGUUCCCAGUCAAGGUAAGAUCUAAAGCAAGCUCAGGGCGUGUCAGGCCCCGGGGGCCAAUUGCAGCCCUCCAGGCCUCUAUGUGGAUGUGGGUGGCGCUGUGAGUUAAACCACAGAGCCUAGGACUUGCUGAUCAGAAGGUCGACGGUUCGAAACCACGCUAUGGGGUGAGCUCCCGUUGCUCGGUCCCUGCUCCUGCCAACCUAGCAGUUCGAAAGCACGUCAAAGUGCAAGUAGAUAAAUAGGUACCACUCUGGCGGGAAGGUAAAUGGUGUUUCUGUGUGCUGCUCUGGUUUGCCAGAAGCGGCUUAGUCAUGUGGCCACAUGACCCGGAAGCUGUACGCCGGCUCUCUCGGCCAGUAAAGUGAGAUGAGCGCCGCAACCCCAGAGUCGGCCACGACUGGACCUAAUGGUCAGGGGUCCCUUUACCUUUAGGCCUCUGUAUGUCCUGCAAAACUCUCCCUAGGCCUCGCCCCUCAACAGCCCUGCUGUGCUCCCUCUUUUUGCCUUGAAUAUGUCCUUGAACUCAGAUAUGCUAGUCUAGUGUACAGACAAGUUUACAUGCAGGCAUUUUUAUUUUUAUUUUGCCUAGUGUGGGGCUUGAGCCCACAACUCUGAAAUCUCAUGCUCCACCAACUGAGCUAUAUUUCCUCUAUUUUUUUCAGGUUUUCCUUCCACUACUUGCAAAUGGCUGGGUUUUUUUUUUUGCUUACCUCUUUUUAUUUUGCCUAUAGCCUUACAGCAACAGGGCGUAUUCUUUCUCUCUCCCCCCCCCCCCGCUUCCUCCCCACCCCACAAACAAUGGAGACACAUUCCCCUGAACUAUGCUGGGAAGAUCCCCUGUGUUGCUGUGGCCUGGUGAUUACCGGUUUGUGGUAAUGCAGGGAUGGGCUUUUCCACCGGUGGCACCAUUGUCACAAAAUGAUCUCCCUGCUGUAAUAGGUCCCAUCAGUAUUGGCAUGCCGCCGGCUCUUGAAUACACACCUGCUUAGAAAAGCAUUCUCCUGAUCUCCUGAGUUGAACCUGCUCUUUUGACUGUUUUAAGGGGGGUGGGUUGUUGUACAAUUUAAUUGUGGAUGCUUCUCUUCAGUGUUUUGAUGGAAGUGAUUUAUUCUAUAUUUAUUUACUUUUACGGUCUUUAUAAUGCUUAUCUUCCCAUUGCUUUCUUCAUGGUGCCAAUUAACUCAAUACAACGAAUCACGUGUGGCUAUACUUUUUAUAAUCUAUUUUAUACUUGUAAAGCCUUUAGAAGGCAUUUUGGCAAGUAAGUGGCAUAUUCAUUAUUAAAUGCUUACUAAUAUUAAUAUUAUUGAUCUGUCUGCUCCCAAGAACUGCCGGUAGCAGCUUUCUAGCAAUAAACAAGUUCUAGGAAAACACAAUUGGGGUUUAUGCGGUUGGGGUUACUGCUGCCACAAUUGCUGUCUUUGCAGUGGGUACAUUUUCUGGGAAUGUGCCCCACUACCUCCCCAUACUUUCCUGGACCCGUGUUUUAAGAACAAACUUCUAAAAGGAUACCCUCAUGCCCCUUUCGUUGUUUUAACUCCUGUUUCUCAUUUCUUUCUCUCUCGCCUUCUCUCAACCCUGUAGUGCAAAGGGACGAUCUGAUUGCCAGCAUCCUUGCAGGUAAGAAGACACUGUUGUGCCAACACCCUUGAAGAUAGAAUCCAAAGGUCCUCUAGACCAGCCUUUCCCAACCUUGAAUCCCCAGAUGCUGUUAGACUACAUUUCCCAUCAUUCCUCUGUGCUGGUUGGGGCCACUGUGAGUUGUAGUGCAGCAACAUCUAGGGACCCAUAACUGGGAACAGCUCCUCUAGAUCACUGAUUUCUUAAACUGUGGGCCCACAAGCCCCGUUCAGGGUUGUCUGUUGCAGCCCAGUUGAACUUUUUCUGUCCUUGACUCUUGUGCUUGACCUACUUCUUCGGCUAAUGGAGACUGAGGCUAUUUUGCCCAGGCAGGGCCAGUGUGGCAUAAUGGUUAGAGUGUUGGACUAGGACUGGGGAAAGACCCAGCUUCAAAUCCCCACUUGGCCAUGAAGCUCAUGGGGUGACCUUGGGCCAGUCAUGCUCUCUCAGCCUAACCUACUUCACAGGGUCAUUGUGAGGAUAAAAUAGGGAAGGGGAGAACAGUGUGUGCUGUCUUGAGCUCCUUGGAGGAAAGGCAGAAUAUAAAUCUAAUUAUAAAUACAAAUAAAUAAAUCUGAGAUUCUCAUAAUGCGAUGCUGGUUUUGAUGCCAGUGCUGGAAAACAAACUGUCGUGAAAAUAUAAGUUGUGAAUGUUUUUUAUUUGUAUAAUGCCAUAUUUUUCCGUGUAUAAGACGCCCCCAUGUAUAAGAGGACUAUUUUUGAGGACUCCAAAUUAAGGAAACACCCCUCAGCACUAUCCAUGUAUAAAAUGAGCCCCAAUUUCAAACCUAAUUUUUUAGUUUAAAAACCCCCUAGUUUUAUACACAGAAAAAUACUGUAAUUAAUCCAUCUUCCAAGACCCUCAUCAAUUUUCAAGUGGGGGAAGGAAAAGUCUUGAACUGCUACUGUGGAUUUCAAAAAUAAACCUGCCUUAUGGUGGAACCACAGACAGUCAUUUUUAGUUCUCUCUGGAAUCAAGUUCCUAUUCCUUAUGGCUCCAGAGAGAAACUUGAAAACGUGUGGACAGAGGCAGGUGGGAACUGCCUUGCGCUGCACGUGCUCUCUCUCACCCCCUUGUUGUUGGACGGGGAUUACAAUAUUCUGUAACCCGUUGUGCCUGAGUGGGUGUUUUGGGGGGUAUCUUCCAGAAGUGUCCCCCCAGUCCCUGGAGGAGCUGCGCCAGCACAAGUCCUUUGUGAAGCUGCUGAAGAAGCAGUACCGUGAGCUGAAGGAGCUCCGGCGGAAGCACAUGAAGAAGAUCUGCAGCCAAAACAAGAAGCAGAGCGCCCAGUUCUCCCAGGGGGAAAAAAGCCGGUUGCGCAGCCAGGAAGGGUGAGAAGGGACUGGCUUGGGCUCAUGCGUCCGUGGCUAGAAGCAGGAGAGCUGCCUUCAUGGGAAAGUCUUGCUGCAGCACACUAACAGAGGGCUCAGCCAUACUUCACUUGCCUGAGAGGUUUUCUGCAGCUUUCCCCACAGAAAAAAACAGAAACCCGCAGAAUUGCUGUUUAGUCCAAUUCAGUGAUAAACCAUGACUUUUCUUAGAGGAAAGCAGCAGGGCAUUUCUCGGGGGUCUCUUCCAAUUCUACAGUCCUGUCGCUCUGUGCAGCUAGAGCCAGCCAGAUCCCAGACCAGGGAUGGGGAUUGGAAUAAGCAGAGUGCAGGCCAGUUUGGGGAUGGCUUUAGAAGAGGAAUGGACAAGUCGAUGGGUAGGACAGAGCGGCAGGGCAGAGGCAAAACUCCUUGGACCCCUGCCUAGAAAGCAUGGGGAAAGCAGAAAACUGCUCAGAGCCAUGCUUUUCUGGGCCUGGGACAAGCAGAAGUGUGUGUUUGCUUUGUCUGUGAUUGGCUCUGCCUACUUGUAGGGCUCCCCCCCCUUACCUAGAUAGGUAGCAGCUGCCAUUGAACUUACCCAUGAGGCAGGAUUUUACUGGGAGGAAAAAGGGGGACGGUAUAUGACACCCCCCCCGACUCUCUUCCACCUGCUUGGUUACUUGCCAGAGUAGUGCAUGCGUGGGGCUACCUGUGAAGGUGAUCUGGAAACUGCAAUUAAUCCAGAAUACGGCAGCUAGACUGGUGACUGGGAGUGGCCGCCGGGACCACAUAACACCAGUUUUGAGAGAUCUGCAUUGGCUCCCAGUUCGUUUCCAAGCACAAUUCAAAGUGUUGGUGCUGACCUUUAAAGCCCUAAAUGGCCUCGGUCCUGUAUACCUGAAGGAGUGUCUCCACCCCCAUUGUUCAGCCCGGACGCUGAGAUCCAGCGCCAAGGGCCUUUUGGCGGUUCCCUCAUUGCGAGAAGCGAGGUUACAGGGAACCAGACAGAGGGCCUUCUCCGUAGUGGCGCCUGCCCUGUGGAACACCCUCCCAUCAGAUGUCAAGGAAAUAAGCAGCUAUCUUAUUUUUAAAAGACAUCUGAAGGCAGCCCUGUUUAGGGAAGUUUUUAAUAUUUAAUGCUGUAUUGUUUUUAACACUCGAUUGGGAGGUGCCCAGAGUGGCUGGGGAAACUCAGUCAGAUGGGCAGGAUAUAAAUAAUAAAUUAUUAUUAUUAUUAUUACUCAUUCCUUGUUGACUUUUACUGUGAGCUCCCCGUUCUGCUUGAGCUUGAGCAGUCUUUACCCUUUCUUGCCAACUUGCGCCUCCUGACGUGCGGCUCUUUUCCUUCCCCCUGUAGGUCUCAAAGUUCUUUGGAGCUGGAUCAGGAGAGCCAGAUGCAAGGUCUGCUGCAGCUGCGGGAGGUUCAGCACCAGCUGGAGAGGGACUGCAAGCGAGAGCACCUGCGCCAGGUGUUUAAAGGCAGGGCGGGGCUUCAAAUAGUGGGCUCUAAGCCGGAGGUGCUGUGGGUGUCCAUGUGCUGUUGUUAGGCUCUUCUCAGCCCAAGCUAGCAUGGUUGAGGAUGAUGGGAGCUGAAGCACAGCAGCACCUGGCGGCCCUGAGAUUCAGCAUCCCUGUUCCCAAACCACCAUGUCCCUGCUGGGAAAGUUUGUGUGUGCGCACAAAGGUAAAUUGCACAAAGACCUUGAGAUGUCUGAGCGGGUGGUUCUGUGUCUUGUAGUGCUGAGCUCUAGUUUCGGCCUUUUUUAAAAAAGAAAGAAAGAAACGAUUCCAAGUUUUGUCCUCAUGUCAAAAUCUGUGAUCCUGUGGUUCUGCUCGUACCCAACAGAAUAUUAAAAGCACAAUAAAUGUCAUACAUUAAAAUCUCCCUUCUUUGUGUGCCUCCUCCACAAGAGGUUCGAAGGGUGGUAACAUGAGAACGGGGCCUUUUCUGCUGUGACGCCCCACUUGUGGUUUGCUCUCCCCAGGGACGCUCCCCUGGCACCCUUUCAUUAUAUAUCCUUAGGUGGCAGUGAAAACGUUCCUCUUCUAAUUAAACAAUCUAUGGUCUUUUAAACCAUAGGUGAGAGCUAGGAAGAUUAAGAAGAAAGAACUAGAUGGGCUAGCAGCCAAUUGAAAUGGGGACUCUAAUUUGCACAUUUUUUUUUUGAGAAUUACUUUUUAUUCUGUAUAAUAAGAAAUUUUGGUGGAUUUGACUAUGGUUUUACUGCACAUAAAGCGACUGCUGUAUUUUCCCCCCUUUUACCCUUCUUUGGAUGUUGCCAUGGCCUUUGGCUAGUGCAAUAUGUAAGGAAGUAAGUCAGUCAAGCAAGCAAGCAAAAACAGUUGUUUUUAAUUGUUGCAUUGUUUUAUUAUUUUUGUCAACCACUCUGGGAUUUGUUUAUCUGUUUACAAUCAACCAGUAUAUCAAUUUUUAGAAGAUAAUAACAACAGACACACCCUGGGCCCAUUUUAAAGGUAAAGGGCCCCCUGACCAUUAGGUCCAGUCGUGACCGACUCUGGGGUUGCGCGCUCAUCUUGCUCUAUAGGCCGAGGGAGCCGGCAUUUGUCCGCAGACAGCUUCUGGGUCAUGUGGCCAACAUGAUUAAGCCACUUCUGGUGAACCAGAGCAACACAUGGAAACGCCGUUUACCUUCCCGCCAGAGUGGUCCCUAUUUAUCUAUUUGCACUUUGACGUGCUUUCAAACUGCUAGGUUGGCAGGAGCAGGGACCGAGCAACGGGAGCUCACCCCGUCGCGGGGAUUCGAACCGCCGACCUUCUGAUUGGCAAGUCCUAGGCUCUGUGGUUUAACCCACAGCGCCACCCGUGUCCCUGGGCCCAUUUUAGAGGAAUAUUAAUUCCUGCCCCCAUUUCUCUCCCACCCCGCCGCCCCCGUCCUUGCCUCAGGCCCAGCAGCGCUUGAGAGAGAUUGCCCGGGAUUGCCAGGCUGCCCAGCUGAAGAAGUUGAAGGAGAUGAGUGAAAAGUGAGUACUGGCGUGAGGCAAAAUGGGAGGGGAAGCAGCAGCCUCUCUUGGGGACUCUCAGGGGCUGUUCCGCCUCCUCCAGAUGCUGCCUGCCUUUUUGAUAGGAAGCGGCCUUAAGACAGAGUCAAACUGAGGUCCCACCUAGCUCUGUGCUUGUGGGGACCUUCUCAUCCUCCUGAGGUUGUUGGACUGCCGCUCCCAUCAUGCCUGACCUCUGGACAUGCAUGCUGAGGCUGAUGGGAGUUGGAGUCAAGGCUCCCCAUUUCUGGUCUAUGCUAAGUGGCAGCAGCAGUUCAGGGUUUCAAACUGGAGUCUUUCCCAGCGGUGGGUUUGCAGCUUUCUGCUUGCAAAGCAGGUGCUUCACUGCUGCUCUGCUAAAGUAAGAUUCUAGUCCUCAUUGUUCUGAAUGAAAUAUCUAAUCAAACAGUAACUUAGGAAGCUGCCUUAUAUCAAGUCAGGCCAUCGGUCUAUCUUGCUCAGUGUUGUCUACACAGACUGGCAGUGGUUCUCCAGGGUUUUAGACAGGAGUCUCUCCCGGACCUACCUGGAAGUAGCGGUGAUUAAAGCUGGGACCUUCUGCUUUGCCACUGAGCCCAUGCCCAUUCUUUCCCUCCCUGCACCCCCAAACCUUUGGUUAGAGAGAAGAAGGAGCUUCAGAAAAUCCUGGACCGGAAACGACACAACAGCAUCACUGAAGCCAAAUCCCGGGAGAGGAAGAGCAAAAAGGAUGUGUGAGUUGAAUUGGCUUGGGGAUGGGUUGGUUUCCUUCAACUGCUUUCUAGGGCUGCUUUUCCCGUAAGAUCAAAGCAGGCGUGAUCUUCUUUUUUGAAAAAAUCUAAACCAAAAUUAAACCUAAACUGAGAUAAAUGGAGAGAAACAGUAUCCUCAAGUUCAUAGUGGUGUCUUAGAUCACAUCUUUUAAAAUAAAUAAAUAAAUUAUUCAGUUUCCCUUUUAUAAUAUUUAAACACAUCCUCAACUUCCCUCCCUCCCGUCUCUUGGUUUUCAAAAUUAAUCUUUAUAUCAUAGCAUUUAUACAUUUUCCAAUUUACAUUUCAGUCAUUCAGAAUGUCAGUUUUUAAAUAAAUAUAAAAAGGUAGGAGCAGUUAUCGUUACAAGUCUUCUUACAACCCUGCUAGUGUUGUUGUCUUAGAUCACAUCUUAACCAUACGUCCGAAGAACCUUUAUCUCAAAGAAUUUUCUAAAGACUGGAGUAAAUUUGUAAUUUAUUUAAAAGACCACUGCAAACAGUUAAAAUCUUUGGCAGGGAUGUAGUGACACUUGUAAUGUGGAAUUAUUUAUGGCAAUUAUGGUUAUAUAAUAGAUGUGUAAUGGUAAAAGAUGCAGCAAAUUUAAACUUAGGAACUUAGGAAAGGAGGUCUGAAGGUUCAAAAGAACCUUGUCUUUCAAUGUCUGAAAUGGUUGUGUUUUAUAUGUAUAAAAUUAUCAAAAACGCAAUAAAAAAUUAUAAAACAAACAAACAAAAACCAAAGAAUCUUCCCUGUCGCUCCCACUCACCAGUCCAGCUGCCACAUUCUAGAUUAGUUCUAGUUUCCGAGUCACCUUCAAAGAUAGCCCCAUGUUGUACGCCAGGGGUCAGCAAACUUUUUCAGCAGGGGAUGAUCCACUGUCCCUCAGACCUUGUGGGGAGCCAGACUAUAUUUUGAAAAAAAAUAAUGAACAAAUUCCUAUGCCCCACAAAUAACCCAGAGAUGCAUUUUAAAUAAAAGGACACAUUCUACUCAUGUAAAAACACGCUGAUUCCCGGACCGUCCACGGGCCGGAUUUAGAAGGUGAUUGGGCCAGAUCUGGCCCCCGGGCCUUAGUCUGUAUACCCAUGUUGUACACAUUGCAUGCCUUCUUCAUUACAGACUAGUCCGGUGGGUGACACUGGCUUUCUGCAUUCUCUUCCUUAGACUUGGCAUUGCUCCUCUCAGCAGGGAGGAGAAUAGAUGCAAAGCCAGGAUGAUUAGGCUGUAUCUAUCAUUGGCUCUGGCUCCGCUUAUUAUUGGUCUUCCUGCCUUCUGCCAUAGCAGCCCCAAUGGGCACCUGCCACCCCAGCUACGGUUUGCAGAAGCGCACAAUUUUUAAGGGGCAAACCCUUAAGGGCAUGGGAGCUGCUGGGCCUCAAGCGUCGGGCCACGUUCUUGAAGGCCCAUCUCACCAGAGCUGGAAGACCCCAACCUGGCUUGCUUGGAAGGGUGGUGGGAUUGCCAGUUCUGCUUUGGUUUACGGCUAGUGUCUUGUGCUUGUUUGUGUGGAGAGGACAGGGGUUCUUUUAUUUGGAAACAGGGGCUUAUCUUCUCAUCCUGAAAAGGCUCUUUGUCUUCCUUCAGGGAACUGACGGAGAUAAACAGGAGACAUAUCACCGAGUCGGUGAACUCCAUUCGCAGGGUGAGUUUCCCAUUCCCAUUUUUAUUCAUUUUUCAAUUAUUAUUAUUAUAUUUCUAUCCCACCUUCCUCCAAGGAGCUCAAGGCGCCACAUGUUGUGAGGGUAAAACCAGGAGUUACCACAACUCUGUGGGGUAAGUUAGGCUGAGAGGCAGUGACUGGCCCAAGGGCAUACAGUAUCCGUUUACUUUUAUAAAUUGGACAUUAAAAUAAAAUGAAUUUUAUUUUUAUACACACACACACCACUUGGUUAUAGAAAUAGUAAUAAUAAUUUAUUAUUUAUACCCUGCCCAUCUGGCUGGGUUUCUCCAAACCUCAAAGCUGUGUCUAGUAGGGGAUUUGAACCCUGAUCUCCCAGGUCCUAGACCAACACUCUAACCACUACACCACGCUGGCUCUUGAGUCCAGAUGGCACUCUUGAAAUCUCACCUGCACUUUGCAACUCCCUCGCUUUGGGCAAGCCACCCCUGUCAUCUUUUUGGCACCUAUUGAAGACCUUCAUUUUUCAAUGACCCUUUUAAGUGGAGAAAAUUUUAUCCCAUUCUUUAUCCGUGCAGUACUGUAUUGGAUUUGAAAUUGUUUUGCCUGUGAAUUUGUGUGUUUGUGUUUAUUUUGUAAGUCUUUAUUGUCAUUUUCAACAUGCACAGCAAGUAACAUACAACAGUAGUGUUGGUUAGAAAUGUUUUUUUUUAUUGCUUGGGAACUUUUCACAUUAAUUUGUUUUCACGUAUGAAAGUGUUAUUGCUAUCAUUUAUUUAUUUAUUUAGUACAUAACCCGAAAGCAUUUUUAAUGGAUGUUUUAUUUUUUUAAAAAACAUUGUGUUUAUUGCUAUUUUGAUUGUAUUUUUAUUCAUAAAAGUGUUUAUAUACUGUUAUCUCAAUGGAUAGCAGUAUAUAAACACUUUUGGACAGCUAUGAAUAUGAGUUUGACCAAGCUGCGGGAGGCAGUGGAAGACAGGAGUGCCUGGCAUGCUCUGGUCCAUGGGGUCACGAAGAGUCAGACACGACUAAACAACUAAACAACAACAACAACUGCUAUCUCAUAAAAAAAUAUGAGGGUGAUCUGUUCAGCAACAAUAAAACCGCACAACCCACCCCAGUUAAAACCAGCUGUAACAAAAUCUUAAGGGUCAAUUUAUAAGCAGGCAAAAGAGGGACCCCAGCAUGCCUUUCCUGGGAAGCUGCUCCAUAGAGUAGGCGUCACCACCGAAAAGGCCCUUUUGCUCAACUCCGUAAACAGCGUUACUCUUGGCAAAGCAAAAGCAAGGAGAGCUUCACACUGAGCACAAAUCCCACACGUGUAUGUAGAAAAAGAGACAAUUCCUGCGAUAACCCUGAUUCCCAGGUUGUAAAUUUAGAACAUCCAGAACUGGCAUUUUUUAUUUAUAUAUAUAAAAAUUAGCCUGGAAACAAAUCACAAUCCAAUUAUGACCUAAGAAUGGUUCAUCCUGCCAGCCCUGGACACACAAGUUCUGGCCGCUGCUUCCUCAGCUCAUUAAAGUUUCUGGACCAUCUCCGAGUGUAGGUGCAUUACAGGGGUCCGACCUGGAAGCAUCAAAGGCAGGAAUGACCAAGGAGGGGUAGGCCUUAUUUUCCCCAGGAAACACUGUAGCUUGCAAGUCUGAGCGAACUGGUGAAACAAGAGCCAUGUUAACGUUAUCCCUGCCUCACUGACUCUGCUUUCCCUUCCAUCCCAAAGCUUGAGGAAGCCCAGAAACGGCGCCAAGAGAAGCUACUGGCAGGACACCAGGGGAUACUACAGCUGAUUGAGGAUGAAGAGCCACGGGUGAGUGCAGCAAAUGCUUCUGGGCUCAAACCCACAACUCUGAGAUUAAGAGUCUCAUGCUCUUACCGACUGAGCCUGGGUUUUUAUUUUUCAAGUUGUCCAUUGGAAAAAUUCCAGAAUGUAUAUUUGGGUAGGGAACGGGGUUAUUGGGACAACUGGGGCCUGUGCGACUCCGUUUGCCCACGCCUCCUCCCUAGGUCAUAAUCCCCUCAUCCAACAUCCCAGAGGGAACUCUGGGAAAUGUAGUUCCGUGUGAGGCGAGUAGGCGGGAAGAAACUUUUCUCCUCCUCUCAGAAUGGAGAACUUGGAGUCGUACAACAAAGCUAAAAGAUUCAGGACAGGCAAAAAAGAAGUCCUCCUUCACACAGCGCAUAUGUAAUGUCUGGAAUUCACUGUUCCAGAAGAUACAGCAACGGUCACCAGCUUGAAAGACUGGUUAGAAAAAUUCAUGGAGGGUGAUGCUAUCAGUGGCUACUAGCCAUGAUGACUAUGUUCCCUCUCCCCUGUUGAGGGCGGUAGUGUGCUUCUGAAUAUCUCUUGCUAGGAAUCGCAAGCGGGGAGAGUUGCUCUUGAACUCGGGUCCUCUUCUUGGGUUCCUGUAAGCAUCUGGUUGGACACUCUGAGAAAAAGAUGCUGGACUGGAUGGGCCAUUCGCCUGAUCCUGCGCAGCUUUUUAUUGCGUUGUUUUCUUAGGUAAACAUGGGAGAAGACCUUUUCUUUUGAAAGAAUGGCCGUAGGGGCAGGGGAUGGGGAACCCAGAGGCCAAAUACGCCCCUCCAAGCCUCUCUUUCUGGCCCUUAGAAGUCUCCCCAGGCUUCACAUCCUCCUUCAGGGCUUUUCCUGUCUGGAAUGAGCUCUUGGGCUCUGAUAAUGCCUCUUGUUUGUGCGGAUGGAGGAUAGAGGGCAGGGUAUGAAUGUGUGUUUUUGUGUGGAGACGAACCUCCUGCUCAAAGGUGAAAAUCUGUGUUAGUUGCUGUGCCUGCUUUUGCCUCUGGCCCCAGCCACCACUGCCCUGUGGCCUUUGGCAAACAAAAAAGGCAGGCUUAAGGCUGCUGCUUCCACCUUCUAGGGCUGGUUGCCAAGUCAUAAAGCGGCUGCAUCUUCCCGUCACCUGGCAGCCACCCAGCCGGAGAGCACUUUCUGCGUUUGCCAGCGCCAAAGACCUCCCAUUGUUGAGCCAAUUUAAAGUGUUAACACGCAGGCAGCCUGCGGGCUGAGGCCAUCGAGGAAGCGCUUCCAAGUGGCCUUGCUUCCUACCCAAGCUGUAAAGUGUUUGCAAUCUGCUGAACAGCGUGAAGAGCCUUCCCACUGACUCCAGCAGCUCCUGAGAGUGUGGGUCCUUCUCUCUCUCUUUGGUUGUGUUUUAGGCUCCAAAUCCUCUGUUUCUAGGGUUUUAUGAAUAAUAAUAAUAAUAAUUAUUAUUAUUAUUAUUAUUAUUAUUAUUAUUAUUAUUUGUACCCCGCCCAUCUGGCUGGGCCUCCCCAGCCACUCUGGGCGGCUUCCAACAAAGAUGAAAAAUACACUCAAAUGUCACAUGUUAAACACUUCCCUGAACAGGGCUGCCUUCAGAUGUCUUCUGAAUGUCAGGUAGUUGUUUAUCGCUUUGACAUCUGAUGGGAGGGUGUUCCACAGGGCGGGCGCCACUACCGAGAAGUCCCUCUGCCUGGUUCCCUGUAACUUGGCCUCUCGCAGUGAGGGAACCGCCAGAAGGCCCUCGGAGCUGGACCUCAGUGUCCGGGCAGAACGAUGGGGGUGGAGACGCUCCUUCAGAUAUACUGGAUGGUGUUACAGAGUGUUUAGGAUUGGUUUCUGUUGUGUACGCAGUUGUGUUUGCUAACCGUUGCUUUUCUUCUAUGAAUUCGAGUUGUAUGUUCAUUCUGGCUAUAGGUUCUCAGGCCUCGGGAGCGUUCCCAUUUUUGUGUGUGUUCACAAUCAGAAAUGGGCUGCCAGAGGACGAUUAAAAAGAUAGGGAGUUGAGUCAAUUUAGCCAAGUAUCAUCAACACUGACCGGCAGUGGCUGUCCAGGGUUUCAGACACGGCGUCUCUACCAGCCUUACCUGGAAAUGCCAGGGAUCAAAUCUCGGGCUUUCUGCAUGCAGGGCAGAUGCUGUACCACUGAGCUAUGCCGCUUUGCCAAUAGGAACAUAGGAAGCUGCCUUAUAUUGAGCCAAACCGUUGGUCCGUCUAGCUCUGGACUGUCUACACUGACUGGCAGCAGCUCUUUGGGGUUUUAGACAGGAAGUCUUUCCCAGCCCUACUUGGAGUUGGCAAGGGAUUGGACCUGGGACCUUCUGCACACAGAGCAGAUGUGCAAGCACUGAGCUUAUGGCUCUUCUCCAUGCUGUAGGAGCUGCCCACCUACCAAAGGGAUGGCAGCCUAAUUAUCACCCCCUGCGUAGAGACCUGAGAUGCGGACUUCCGGGGGAGGCGCCUCCGGUAAUGGCAGAAUUCCUCUGACCGGGAGGAAUCUGCUCCGUGGAAAUCUGGGUCUGGCCGCCACGGCGAAGGCGGAGACCCAUUAAAAUCAGAGGCGGGAGAAGCCUGUGAACGUGGGAUUCGGCGGGCACCUUUUGCGCCUCCCCCACUCGCGGGGAACCCCGGUUUUUGGGGCUCCGGAGCGACGUGGGGUGAGCGGCGCGGUGCAUCGAAUCGUCUGCUUCUUCCACGGAGCGAAGCCGCAUAGCUGUUGCUGGAGAGCGCUGACCUUUUCCUGUGGACAAUUUGACUUUAAAGUAAUUACCCGUGAGUAGAGCUGAAACGGAAGAAUUGGAUUUCUAAAAGUUUAAUUUGGUAUCGUAACGUGGAGGUUCAAAACAGGAAGUCCGCCUUCCCUUUUUGUAAGUAGACUGAGGCAAUGUAGUUGCACGCUGGAGCCCUGGAAGGUAUUUUGUAAAAGAUCAAACUUCCAACGGUAACGAACAUUACACCCCCUCUUGGAGGCAGGAGAAGAGAGGGGGAAGUUGCGGACUGAGUAUGCCUGCGGGAGAGAGCGAAGAGGCUUAAAACACCGCCGCUCUGACCCUGGAAACGGGCUGCUAGUAAAACUGACGUUUUUUGGAAUGUUAAUUGACAGUGCUUAGAACGUUCAUUGACAGCUAGUUAAAUAAGAGAAAUACAUUGUUUCUACUGUUUCCGGCUGCUUUAAAAAGGAGUAAAAGUAACUGAAAAUUGAAACUAAUUUGAAACUAACUUCGGAUUGUUUAAAAGAGGAUACUAUUGACUUUUACAAAUAGAAACUGUUUCCCCCGAGUGGAAGCCUUUGAAACUGGUUGAUUUACAAGAGUUGGACUAGGGGAAUUUCCAGCUGCAAGUUAAAAACCGUGAGACUCUGGGACUAACCUUGAAUCUUUCAAAUGUUAUGGUAAAUGGAAGAGGAAAAACAGACCAGUCAACUGUUGAUAAAACAUUAAGGUCUGGGAGGACUUGGUAACAAUCCAGGAGAGGUCUAAUAUUAGGCCCUCUUGUUUUUUUUGUUGUUGUCUCUGUACUAGUACAUUUGAAACUAAGAGGAAUGUCGACAGAAGAGGCUUUGGUGGCUGCAUUAUAUAAGAUAAAUGACUCAUUGUAUCAGCUUCACAGGAAAACGGACAUGAUAAAUGCGAAAGUGGACGUUUCAAUUGUUGAGGUUGACUUGAAUGCAGGGAGUAUGGACAAUACCAAUACAGAAACCACCCAGAAAUUGAUACAAGAACCUAUUUUGAUAUGGCAAGCUGUGGAGGAAGUCAAGGAAAAAGCUGUUGCUGUUGAAGGUACAGAAACACAACUGGAGAGAAAGAGAGCCCCAGUCCUACAGAGGCAAUUUGAUGAACAUAAGUUGACGCUCGCUAUGACUGAAUUUAAGGAAAAACAGACGAAUUUGAGGUUUAGAGUUCACCUUUGGUGGACAUGCCCAAGGAUUAAGACACUCUGGGAGAUGAUUCAUAACGAAAUGAAAAAGGUAUUUAAAUAUACCCUUUUGAAGAAACCAGAGGCCUUUCUCCUGGGCAUGGUCGGUCAAUUGGUCUUAAAGAAGGAUAGAAUUUGUCUCUUGUAUGCAACAAUAACAGCAAGAAUACUCAUUGUGAAGUACUGGAAGGCACAAGAUUUAUCUAUCCGGGAAGAAUGGCAGAUGAAGUUGAUGGACUAUAUGGAAUUGGCGGAAACGACUGGCAGAAAUCCGAGACCAGGGAGAAGAGUCGGUGGAAGAAAACUGGAAAAAGUUUAAGACUAUGUAUAGAAAUAUUGUAAAAAUAAUGAAUGUUAGAAAAAUGUUGGAAUGAAGUUAUAUGGCUUUAGUAGAAAUGUUAUAAGGAAUUAAGUAUAAAUAGAAAUAGAGUAUUAAAGGGAAAAAUAAGAUUAGAAUAUGUUAAGAUAAUUAUAGGAUAGAAAACAGAGGAAGAUGGAAAGGAAUUGCUGAAACAAUUAAUAGAAGUGGAAUACAGAAAGGGAGGUGUGAGGAGGUCGUGGAAAUAAGGGAAUGAAAGCUAAGAUAUUGAAAUUGUUUUGUGUUUUAAAUGGUUUGCGUCUUGUUUUGUUAAUCUUAUGUUUUUUCUCUUUUUUUCUUUUUCUUUUUUCUUUUUUCUGUUUUAUCGUGUUCAAAUGGUUGGAAAAUCAAUAAAUAUUUUUUUUAAAAAAAAAUAGAGACCUGAGAUGCAAAUUUUUAGCAGCCUUCAUUCUCAUUCUGUGUGUUUGUGUGUGUGUUAAGGGUGGCCCAUCCCCUUUUGCCACUGGAGGCGAAGUGGGAAUUGCUGCCUCCUGUGCCUGCCCACCGUGCCCCACUUCCGCUACCACCAUCGCACCCCGAUUCUCACAAAUCCCAGUGCGAACCUGGCGUGCUCCUUCAAGUCUUGCUAUUCACUUGACUUCUGGGGACGGGGAAGGCGAGCAGCGGUGCCACUUGUGAGAAAGCCUCUCUGCCACCGAUGGAAGCGGUGGAGCGGGCGGGGAUAGCGCCACCCCUUGAGUUUUGUGAAAUGUUAGAAACGGCUUGUAGCAGAGAUCGUAGCGUGUUCAUUUCUCUCCCCUCCUGCUUCUCUCCUUUCUUCCUUUCCCCAUUCCCCCCCCAGUUGGCAGCCCAGUUGGAGCGCGAGUGCGAGCUGGAGGGCCUCACCCUGCCUCAGGAGAUCCGCCGUUACCUGCAGGAAGAGCUGGAUGGCAGCGUCAGCAAUGGGCACCCCCCUGGGUCUCCCCUCGGCCCCACCCCUCCCGAAGAAGACCUGACCGUCUUGUGAGACUUGGAGGAGGACACCCGGCAGUGGCCGCAGUGCUGAUGUGCACAUGCGCACGCACGUGCGAGAGAGAGACGGGAGGCAUCUUUGGGGCAUCUCCUGCCGUCCCAGGGCUUGUUAAAAAGUGUGUCAUGGGGCAGAGCCUAUGGAAGAAAAACACACACUAAAGGCACUUGGCUUCCUCCACCCCCUUUCCUUAAAAAAAAAAAAAAAGCAAAAAGAGCAAAUGUUUUAUUUUUUUAAACUAUUUUUUUUUUAAUUCAUUAACUAAGUGCAACUUGUCUUCUCCCAACCUCUCGGUCUGUGCUUUUUGAAGCUGGGAAAAAGACUUGCGGGAGGGGUGACUGGUGAGGGCUAAAGUAUCAGGCAACCCUGGCACCACCAACAUGCAUUCAUGCGCACCUCACACGUCGUGGGGGGCGAGAUGGGGAAGAUGGCAGCUGAUGGCGGCCUCUUUUGUGUUUUUUCCCCUUUUAAUGCACUAUCUAGGGAGGGUGGGAUCUCCCAUACUCCCUGCUCGCCAAUACUUUUCCCCCCGCAGAGGGGAAGGAAGCAAAAAGGGCUAUUUUAAAUAUAAGAUCCUCCUCUUUAAAAAAAAUAAAAACGAUGGAACAUGUGAGGGGAAAACCUGUGGGAAAACACCUCCACUCUCCCCCAGAGGAGCGCGGCUGCCUGCACAUGUAAAGCACAUGACUUCCCCAAAGAAUUCUGGGUCUGUUGUUUGUUGAGGGUGCAGGGAACUAGUCCUCUGUGAGGGGGCAAACUAUAGCUCCCAGGAUUCUUUGGUGGAUGUUGUGCACUUUACCGUGUGGAUACGUGGGACUGAUCCACCAAGGCUUUUCUCACCAAAGGAGGGCCAGGCCUCCAUACACACUGUACAUUUAGAGCAUGACUCCCUCGCCUCUGAGAAUCCUGGGAAUGGUAGUUUACCCCUCUCUAAGCUCCAAUUCCCGGCACCCUUAACAAACUAUAGUUCCCAGGGUUCUCUUGGGGAAGUCGUGCAGUUCAGAUCUUACGGUAUGUACACAACCUGUGUAUGUUUCUCCCUCUCAUCCUUCCCCCCCUUUCUAUGGGGUGAGGAGCUUGGGGGACAGGGAAGCGGUGGACAGAUUUGGGAAGGCAAUGCAACAAAAGGGCUAAUUAAAAAAUCCUGGGAGGCAGGUCCUUCGCUGCUUUGGGAGAUGGGUGCAAAGAGCAAAAGGGGAAGGGGGGGCUUUUGUUCUGCCCAUGUGAGGUUGUGGCAGGAAGACAACCUAGAGCCCCUCUCUUUUUAUUUCUUAUUUCCUUCCUAUGGAUGUAAUUUUCUUUCUUGCCUUAAACUUUUUUUUUAACAUAUGUAAUAAACGUGUAAUUCAGUUGC